GCCCAAGGUCACCCGGCAGCUGCAUAUGGAAGAGCAGAGACGCGAACCCUGUUCACCAGAUUACGAGACUACUGUUCUGAACUGCUACACCAAACAAUACAGGGCCACUGAGAGCCAUUGGCAAUGCAAGAGAACUGUCCUUUUCCCCUACCCUGAGGUGUGGUUUGGAAAGUUGUCACGGUAAUUGGACGUGAUGUCACAGGAAGAGUUUGGGGCCGUUGGCAUAACUGAGAAUAAGCUUUGAGAUAGGUGAGAAAAAGGCCAGAUCCAUCUUGGGCAGGCUGGCUGAAGGCAGGCUGGGAGAAAAGCCUCGGGCUCCACUGCUGCACUGCUGUGGGGAAUAGGCUCCUCUUGAGAUGCCUGUUCUGUAAGAUCUGUACACCCUCCAUCUACAUGUAGGUAUAAAUAUAUGAAUCAUAAAUCUUAAAACUACGACAGCCUCCAACGUGCCUUCAAUUCUCGAAAGGGGCAGAGACCCCAGUUGAGGGCCAAGGCUCCUGGAAUCCCAUGCAUGGCUCAGCAGAGAUGGGGUGGCCUCUAACACUACUUACAUCUCACUAUAGUAGAAAUAUAAAAUGGUUGGCACUUUGUUUUUCCAAGCCCAUCUCCAUGAGCUGUGCCAAUCAGGAGUAGAGUUUCUAACUUGAACUUAUAGGGCCUGAGUCAAGAUAGUAUUGUCACAAGAUGUAUUCUCGACUCAGCAAAAUGUUCACGAUUAUAUUAGGCAGGGAUUCAGGCUCAAAUAAGUUGCACCUCUCAUCCUCACGACUCACACACCUCCACUCCUAUCAAGCCCCAAUAGAUACAAUACACAUUAAAGUAGCCUAUAGUAAGCCAGCAUGGGCUGCAGUAAGGUAUAGAAAAAGCAAAUAUAUAUGCCAGCACAACACUGCACCAAAUCUCAUUGUACUUUCUUAUAAAUGCCUGACACAAAACAAUAAAUCUUCCUGUACAGUCAUGACCCAGAACUUGUUCCUGAGUACUUUUCAACUUAUUUAAUUAUUACCCUAAAAUUGCUGGUUUGUGAACUGUAGUCUCAUUCAUGUAAAAGUAAUAAGUUUACUAACCAGUUUUAAAUAGGCUGAAAUGUUUUAAGGACUAAAGCACUCAUAAAGCACACUACAAAUAUUUUGUGCAAGAUUCAGUCUGUUAAACAAAUGUGAUUAUCACAAAAGUCAAGGUCAAACAAGGUAAGGAGGAAAUAUAAGGACAAUAUUCUCUGUUUAUCUAACUCACACAAAGAAGAAAAAAAUAGAGACAUGUCCUUCAAGCUGCCUCUGACCCAAUCUGUUCCAGGAAACACCAUAAUUGUUUGUCUGCAUUCAAAGAGCUGUGGUCAGGGAAACAUUUCUGGGGAAUUUGUCAUAUUUUAGUAUGUUUAAAACUGCAGAAAAACAACUCUGACAAUCCUUGCUUUCUCUCCCUCCCCCUUUUGUAGCAGCUUGGUUGAUCAGCAACUUUUGUGUUGUUGUGAUUUUUUUCCUUCUAUAAAUAAAUUAAGAAAAACUAAAAAAGAAUAAGAAUGGAGAAAGCACUGCUUAGUGGUAGAGUGCAUGCCUUGCAUGCGUGUAGAAGGUCCCAAUUCAAUCCAUUGCACCUUCAGCCCAAAAGACCUGUGGUAGCAGUGGUCUGAAAGCAGGAGUCUGAGACACUCCAGUUAUAGUGCAUAAUACUGGGCUAAACAAACCAAAGUUAUGAGUGGUAUGAAGAAAGGUAACAAAUUAAUUUUGUGCGUUCAGGUCCUGCUUCUGGACUUCCCACAGGCCUCUGACUGGCCACUGUGAUAACAAGAUUUUGGACUAGAUGGGACAUUGGAUUAAUCUAGCAGGCCAGUCUUAUGUUCUCAUUAAUUUAUUUAACAAAAACCAGUUGUGCAGAAUGACCCAUGUCUAUUCUUGUGCUGACUUCCAUUAAAAUUACUCUGCUCUUUCAUCUGAUCUGCUUCUUUUAACUAAUCCCAUUAGCUGUGCAACUGUUGCUAAGUAUGCAGUGGUACCUCAGGUUACAUACGCUUCAGGUUACAUACGCUUCAGGUUAGAGACUCCGCUAACCCAGAAAUAGUGCUUCAGGUUAAGAACUUUGCUUCAGGUUGAGAACAGAAAUCAUGCUCUGGCGGUGCGGCGGCAGCAGGAGGCCCCCAUUAGCUAAAGUGGUGCUUCAGGUUAAGUACAGACCUCCGGAACGAAUUAAGUACUUAACCCGAGGUACCACUGUAAUUAUUAAAUGACUGUACCACCUCAGAAUGCAUACCAGGGAUGGCAUAUUUAAAAGCAUUACAUAUAAACAGGGUUGUUGGUUAGGCUGUGGACCAUGGGACCUAAGCACCCAGUAAUUUGCAUUGGGCCCUGAAAUAUACUCAGAGUCGAGAGUGGAUUUCAUACUCUUUAUUCUGCUCAUAGUGGUGAGGAAGAAUGAAAAUCCCCUCAAAGUAUCUGCUUUAUAUACAUUAUUUACACAAUGGGCUGCACGUGAUUGGCUAAUUCUGGAAUUCUCCUGUAGGCAAAUCAGGUUGUGGAUUCACUUCCAUCUGGAGCUGGAUUGGGUGGGUCCUGCAGACCAAUCAUACUGCUGCAUUGUUCUAGGACCAAUCAGACUGCUGCAUUCUGAAUCCUAUUGUUCUGGGACCAAUCAGACUGCUGCAUUUUGGAUCCUAUUCAACUCAGUAUAUAACAGGCCCCCAAACUCCUGUCGUGUCUUCUCCCCUUUUUGCCUUAAAAAACCCCAAAACUAUGCUAACAGGGUGGCUGGUUGCAGCGUAAAUGAGACCCCAGCCACCCAUCAUCUUAAUCUGCCCAAAGACAAAUUUCCUUGAUGUUCCUUUCCCUCAAGUCUUUUAAGUACCUAGCAAUGUCCCUGCACAUAAAUAUCUCCAUCCAUCAGUUGGCUCUACAUUCAGUUCGAGUGCAAGCAUGUUUGAGCUUGGCUUCUGACUUAAGUCUAAUCUUACUGUUGUGUUACACAACACCCCAAUCUCCACCAAUUGAAAAAUUGGCUGCACAAGAUCCCAGGGGUUCCAGGUGCUCUUCGAGAAAGAUGGUUCAUUGCACCCAUAUUUACACCUGGGUCUACUUUGGAGAGAGUUCAGAGCAUUACAUCUAAAGAGGAUAUUUUUCUCUACAGCAGUGCAGCAUUGGAGUUCAAGGCAUCCUGCAUACCAUCUCUAUGCCUCUGUCCCAGCCUGCCAGGAUGGUUCUGGCCUUCACAGCAGCUGGUCAGAACCUUCUGCCUAGUUGAUGGUUUCAGCUGAUGGGUUAAUGACUUGCUUCUAGGAGCUUUUGCCAUUCUUAAUGACUUCUAUUCCAGGUGAGCCCCUGGCCUGGAAAAGAAGCUUCAUGUGUAUUUUCCCCUAGUCUAACAUCUGUCCUUCAAUAUUCCAAAUAUUAUCUGAAGUCUAUCAUUUAUUAAUUUAUAAUAUUCACUAAUUCUAGCAGUUAUGGAUGCCCUUGUAGCCCCAUACUCUGUUACCCCAGAUUUGUAACAGUAAGGGUCAGAAUAGUAUUGUAAUGAAAUAACUGUGUAAAUUGGAUGGGAUGAUUGGUUUGGGCACUGUAGCUUUCCAAUACAUCUGUAGUUUAAUUUGCCUUAAUUGCUGAUUUUACUCAUUAGCCACUUUGUUUUCUUUUGAAGAUCAAAUCGAGUAGAGAUUUGUAAAAUAAAUAAAUAAAAAUAAUAUUUGGGGUAUGCAGUAGACUUUCUUUACAGUGUAAGAGGACAUAGCUGUCAACUUUUCCCUUUUCUUGUGAGGAAUCCUAUUCGGAAUAAGGGAAUUUCCCUUAAAAAAGGGAAACGUUGACAGCUAUGAAGAGGAAUGGAAGGAUACUGUCAAGGCUGCCUCAAGUCUCAGCUCACAAAAGACCAACGCCUAUGUCUUCUUAUAUACAAAAGUGUUUAUUGCAGUUCAUUGUUUGCUUGACAUCCUAGGCGCGCAGCCUUACGUCUGCUACGCUUAGACCGCUGUAGUCCCCUCUGAAUCCGUCCCUCCCCUACACCAAUUUAAGAGGCUUGCGCUGCUCCACCUCUUUCUCUCCUUCCUUUUCCGCAGGGUCCUUCUGCCCGCUGGGGUUUCGCCCCUCCUGGAUUCCUCUGACGCGGAAUCAGACUGCUCUUCCCCCUCCUGCGGGCUUUGGGACCUGGCCCCUCCUCCGGGCUCCCUGUACUUCCGCGCGCCUCUACAUUUGAACUUGGCGCGCGGGCCAAACCUCUAACUUUCCUUUUGACAGUUACACUACUCCCUUCGCUGCUCCCCUCCCCUUCCGGGACGGCGGCUUGCUCUGACCUCCCUCCUUUCUCUGCUGCCGGAGCUGCUUCCCCUGACACACUGGAAACUCCACCCCCUUCGCUGCACUCUGGUGGGGAGGCUGGUCCUGACACCCAGCUGCCACUUUGGGAUCCUCCGCUGGCCCCCUGCUCCUGACACGUCCCCCCUGGGGCUCCCCUGGCCUUGACCACCGGCGCCCCCUUCUGGGAAUCCUCUGAUUCGCUGGAAAGACUCAUGGAAUCUCUUGAGUCAUUGUCAUCCUCUUCCUCGCUGGCUUGGAAUUCAUCCCCAUCGCUCUCCAUCUCCUGCCUACCCUGUGCCUCUCUCCCUGAACCCCUGACAGAUACCUUUAUGGGUUUGUAUCAAAACUUAACAGCAAGUGUUAUGCUAUGUAGAUUAUAUUAAUACCAGUGUUUUUUUGGGGUGUGUUUUAUUGAAAUACUGAUGAUUUAACUCAAUAGCACCAGAAAUCUCUUAAAAUAAUUAUGUCAGGAGAGUAUUUUAAUGUGGCAUCAACAGUCUUAUUUCUUGUACAGGAAACAGCUGGGGGAAAAAGCAGCCACAAGUCUUCCUUUCAGUCCCUUUACUUUACAUUGCAAAGUAUGAAAAGGGAAUUAAAUUAACUCCAAAGACUUAUUGUCAUGUAAACAGACUUGUAUUGUGCCCAAUGCCAAAGAGAGAUAACAAGUUUCUUUUAUAGACAGCCAGUUCAUAUACUGCCAAAUCGGCAUGAGGAUGAUGAGUACCGCCUGCCAACUAGAAAUUCAGAUUCAAACUGGCUUUAAAAUGCUCAGUUUGUAGAAGUGUUUCAUAAGUGCAUUCUGCAGAAGCAAAUGGAUGAUAAAUAUUUCAAUAAUCAUUAUCUAAGAGCAAUAUUUCAAACAAUUGUUAAUGUACUUAAGUAAACCAAACUUCUUCCUUGGUCAAUAAAAUCAUACUAUUACAUUUGAUCAUUGUUGUCUGCCAUAUGUUGUCCCCCACAACAACAACAAAUACGAUAACCAGAGGUUAUCCAUCAAAGUUCCAUAUUCACAGUGCAAUUCUAUGAAAUAUAGUUCUGAGUAUGGAUCAGAAGUAUAGCGUAUAGAUCAGAGUUCAGGAAGAACACCAGAGGUUUAAGACUGCAAACUCACGACAUAAUCCAGUACUACGCAUUAUGUUACAGAAUUUAACAGACUGUGCUUCAGUAUAUGCCUUUUAUUGUGUGUCUAAUAUACAAAUUCUAUUCUAAAAUACACUUUAUUUCCAGAUUAUAUUAUAGCAGAGUAUUAUCACAGACUGGAAGCAUUCAAGCUGGUAUCAGCAGCAGUUUCAUGAGCAAAAUGACCACAGAAAUAUCCACAAGUAAUGAUAAUAUUUCAGUCUCACUGAUGCAGAGAUAGAGAAAUCUCCAUGUUUGCAAAAUAUUGCCCCAGUGCAACAUGUGAAAUGGACUCUUAGUUUGCUAUUUCAGCCUAAGUAUUCUAUGCAGUACCUCCUGGCAUUACCAUCUGCUGUCAUUAAAAUUUCUCAGAGGAAUUAAAAGGCUAGUGAUUGCUAAAUAAUUUAUCAACCAUGGGAACACACUUUUUAUGUACUGAAUGUCACUAACAUUAGAUGAAGCAAAAUACUUUGGUCUUUCCUGGAUCACUGUCUUGCAAUUAAUUUUGUGCAGCUUCAUCAGUCAUGGAAAUGGAGUGAAUUUUUUCCUCUUGUUUCAAACAAGGAGUUUAAUUCAAAGAGACACACACAUUUCCUCCCUCAAAUAUACUUUUUAAUGAAGUCCAGUAGCAAAAUAUGGGGCUAUUAAAUACCCACUAAAAUCUUGGUAAAAAUAAUUUUGGAUGUAAUGUCAGAUGAAUUCAGGCUGGAUACAUUUUGUAAAGGUGACAGAAGGGCUGCAUUACUCAAGUUUCUUGAUUUAUGCAUGUUCUUGUGCAUGGAUUUGUUUCACUGUAACAUCAGUUGGGAACCAGACUAUUAUGGAUAAAACUGUCAGAAACUCCCACGCUGGCUGGAUAAAGCAGCAUUAUAAACAAUUUCUUCAUAGGUUGCCCAUGGUGAGUAAGUUCAUAGGUUGCCCAGGCAAGCAGUCAGAAAGCUUUACCUAACUUUUGUGUGAUGACGAUGACACUUCCCUCAUCUAACAGCAGUGGGCCCAUUUGUAUAGCCCAGUCUUGGAGACUAAUAGAAAAUGUGUUCCUCAAUGCUUUGUGUGUUUUCCAGUGGAGAAAACUGGUGAUCCUGAUGAAGCCCUGAUCUCAAUAUGGAAUUGCAAGAUGAAACAGUCGCUCCUGAGCAUCCUCUCCAGUGUUUUGGAGCCUGAGCAACUCCUCCUUGAUCGUAAUAAUGAUUCUCAGUAUAUAAAUAUGCAAGGCCCACUGAUUAUAUAACCACAUUUGCAGAACAGCCGGGGGUGGGAAAUGUUAGGAAAAUCAAUACAUAUAUAUAUAAUUAGAGAAUUCACUACUUGCAGUGUAUGUAGAUUGUCUGUGAACCUUUUUUUUUUUAAGGAAACAUAGGAAUUAAUCUUGUGCCUGCCUUUUCAAGGUUCUUCAGUCCUUCAGUGAGUCCACAGCCUUCACAUUUUUGGGUAUUUCUUGACUGAGUGCUAGGUAUAUAAAUUUUAUUAUCAUAAAUGUUGUAUUUUUAUAAAGUAUAUAAUGAGAUAACUGUUUUGGUUGCCAAUUUUCAACUGUUAUACCUAAAUGAAAGACUGUGGCAGUUUCAGUACUGUUCUUCUGUUAUUACCUGUAUUUAGGGUUACCCCUUUCCCCUAAGCUCUAUUUGACUAUAACAAUUAUUUUAUUCCAUCUAUUAAUGCACUUAUUCUAAUUUUUAGCUUUAUACUGAGCCUGAAAAGUUCUGAUACCCUCUGACCUUGAAUAGUUUUGUUGCAGCAUUUCACCAAUUCCAACUUUGUAUGGGACAUUUGGACAGACCUGAAACUUGGCAAAUCUUUAUCAUCUGUCCUCACAAGAUACCAGUUGUAAGGAAAAAAAGACUCAAUUUUUAGGUAAUCGUGCACAGAACUCAAGCUUAUGACAAGAACAAGGAGCAAUUGGCACAUGCUCUGCCUAUCAGACCAAUGGGAAAUAUAUGAGCUCAAGAAGGGAGUAUAACAGCUUGUAUUUAGAUGAGUGGUCUUUUAUCUAGUUGUCUGCCCUUGAAUAAGAGCAUUCGGCAUUGGGGAUUGAUGAGGAAUUCCACACAUCUGCCUCCCUGCUUGCAAGGCUAAUUGCCCCAUUGCACUAUUGAAUAGGUAUAAAGGUCUCCCCUGACUAACAUUAGGGUCCAGCCUUUUUAGUUUUAUUGUUUUAAUAGCUUUCCAGGUUGCUAGAUGCUGCACCUUUCUGUACUUAAGUGGGAAAUAAAAUUAUGCUUUGAUUGCUUAAUCCCAGUGUCUGUUUGGCCUCCCUUGUUGGUGCUGUUGAGUAAAAUGGGACUCGGCUGACAGCGGACACUGGGUGGUUAUUUUCCUCACAACACAGCCAACCCACAAAAGCUUCACUGCAGCUUCCUACCACUUGGUAAAGUGGUGAAGAAGGUAAAACAAAACUGUCAAACUAGUUUUUUCUCUCUACAUAGAACAUGUGCAAACAACAAUUCAACUGCAUGAACGCAUACAUUUAGCAACUAUACACUGCAUGUUUACUGAUUAGUCAUUGUACAUGUUUUGUAUCAAAAGCUUCCCAUAAAUAGGGGCACAUUCUUUUAUUGCUUGCUGAGACACACAGUAUUAGAGAUAUCUAAAACAGCUGGCUACAUGGUGAAUUAAAAAAUUGAGAAUAUUUUGGAAAAUAAGAUCAUCUAAGUGUAAUUCACAGCCAGAGUUUGGAAAGAGCUGAAAUUAAGCUUUUCACCUGAUUAAGGAAACUAAUCAUAUGAGUUGUGAUUGCGAUCAAUCAAGUAAAUCUGCACACAUUUACAUUUUGUUCACUAAUUUUAAAAAGCAGUAUAAAAAAUAAAAAAUAAGCAAUACGGUAUAAUAAAAUCAUUAAAAACUGUUCUUAGUGCUUGCUAUGACAUGCAUGCAUAAUCUAUCUUUAAAAAAGGCAUUCCAUUCCAUUUCCUAUCCAAUUUUUAGUAAAUGUAUUUUAAAAAGCUACAUUUAAGAAACACUGCUGCUACAUAUGCAGGAGGACCUUUUUAAAUCAAUCAACCACUUUAAAAAUCAAUUAAUAUAGCUGAAUAAUUAGUUGGUCUAGAAAAAGAGAAUGAAGACAAAUGCACAGCAAUAGCCAUUUAAGAUUUGGUGCAGUAGCUCAACCUGAAAUUCUGCUGAAGAUAGCUGGUAAAACCUGUAAAAUAAUUCAGCAAUUGAUGGCUAGCAUGAGCUGUUACAUUUAUGUUGCUUGGAUAUACCACUAAAGCCUAUUUAGCCAGGGUCGGGGCCAUCCCAAACAAUUAGUGCUUUAGGUUCAGGUGUACAGUGUACCUAAUGUUUUAACAGUACCUCUUACAGGUACGCUCAUCAGGGGGCAUUACUGCAACUAUUAGUGUGUGGGAAAUCAAUAUUUGCCUCAGGGUAAUAUAUAAUGUGUGUUAAGUGAGAGAGGGAACCUAGGUAUAUCUAUUGUGAGUGACUAGAGCCUUUGUUUUUAGUAAUUCAUUCUGCUUUUCUUAUUGGUACCCAAGGAACAGCUCAUUGUCAUGGUGAGAUUGUGACAUCUCCUUGUACAGAGGCUAACAAGAGAUAUAUAGCAGCCAAUCAUUUAUCUUUGUCCUCCUACUCUACUCCAUGCUACUUUCCUUAACCUUCAAGUAAACAGAGCUAUGAAAGGUAGGACUUCUUUUUAUUUUCAACAGUCAUUCUUUACCCUCCUUUCCCCUUUUUUCCCAUUCCAAGUGUAUAGAGCCCUCAAAUGGCCGACAUGCCUUAACAUGCUUGAAAUAAAUAUCCUAAAAUGCAAGUCUUUCAUCUGAGUUCUGAUCAUGCUUAUGCCUUCAAAAAUAAUGGUUCAAGUUCAACACAAAGUUAAGCUGAAUAAAAUAUAUUGCAAUAAAUGGGCUUAAGCAUGCUUAACUGUGUUGGGUUGUGAGCAGCAUAUUUUCAAACUCACUCAUUUUAGAUGUUUCAUUUUAAAAAAUUGCUUGAUACACACACAUACUGUCCAACCAAUUGCAUAGUACGUCGACUGAAAAUUGUACAAUAAAAAUCUAUUUCCCCUUUCGGAAAAAAAAUCAGAUUCCACAAUGCAAUUCCCAAAAUUAUUUCUGCCCCAUUGAAGAUGUUAUAAUUUAUUAAAAGGCAUUUAAAAAAAUUAUAAAUAGUACUAUCUAUGAAAAGGGACGCGGGUGGCGCUGUGGGUAAAACCUCAGUGCCUAGGACUUGCUGAUCGCAAGGUCAGCGGUUCGAAUCCCCGCGGUGGGGUGAGCUCCCGUCGUUCGGUCCCAGCUCCUGCCCACCUAGCAGUUCGAAAGCACCCCUAAGUGCAAGUAGAUAAAUAGGUACCGCUUUAUAGCGGGAAGGUAAACGGCGUUUCCGUGUGCGGCGCUGGUGCUGGCGCGCCAGAUGCCGCUUAGUCAUGCUGGCCACGUGACCCGGAAGUGUCUUCGGACAGCGCUGGCUCCCGGCCUCUUGAGUGAGAUGGGCGCACAACCCUAGAGUCGGACACGACUGGCCCGUACGGGCAGGGGUACCUUUACCUUUACCUUUUUACUAUCUAUGAAAAAAGAGAUAGGCGUUGCUAUUAGACAUACAGUUGAAAGUUUUUAAAAAUUAAUCUCAGACAUUGAUGUAGGAUUGAUACUUUUCAAUUAAAUUUUCAUCUCCUGUCUCAUAGAAAUGCAUUACUAUUAGUAACACAAUAAAACUUUCAAGUUACUUUCCCUAGGAAGCACAUAUCUCUUUAUUUGCAGAGUUCUUCAGUCAUGCUAAAAUCAAGCUGUAAUCCAUACCCCCAACAAUGGGUGCAGGGUUGGGGGGACAGAUUGAGCAGAGGCGUCUCUCCUUCCAGCCCUGCUGGCUUUCUGCCCAUAGAGUGACACUAGCAUUACUUGGCUAAAAUACAAAAGGUCCCUGUUCUGUAACAGCAGUGGCAGACCUUGGGGUCUCAAGAUGUCCGUGGUGCCCUGUGCAACAUCAAAAUUCAGCACCUCCCUGUCUCUUGCCUUCCAUUCUACGUAAUAGUUGUGAUGCUCCUAAUGGUCUGCACCCCACCUGCCUCUGGCAACAGCACACACACACCCAGUCUGAAAACCAGGUGUUCUGGAUCUGCUGAGCCAGCCCACUUGAUGGCACUGGGGCUGAUUGUUAUUUCCUUGCCCUCUGCCUUCCACCCUGUGUGAGCAAUAAGGCUAGAGAUGCAGCUGUUGCUCUAUUCUCUCACAUUGCACUGCUGCCCAGCUAGUGUUUGGAUUGUCCUGCAAGCAUGUUUUCAAUACCUUAGUCCCGCCCCUCAAAAUGUAAUGUAAGGGAAAUGUAUGCUGCCAAGUAGUUAUUUGUUUAGAACCUUUAUAAACAUUCCAAUCAAAGUAACUUUGAUUUUGUAUGAAUAUAAAAUAAAACCACACUGUUGCUGCAACGCUGCAUGUGUCUACUCAGAAGUCAACUCUACUGAAUUUGAUGGGACUUUCUCCCAGGUAAGCAUGCACAGAACCGUGCAGCCUGAGUGCAUUUUAUUUAUUUAUUUUUCUAACAUAUGUCCGUUCAAUUACAUUAGGAAAAAGAGAUAUAGCAUUUAUACAACAUGUGAAGAAGCUAAUAUGAGGAACAUUUAGUAAAGAAAACUAAAAAAAUAAGUCAUAUAUGUGUGCUAAAUCAUAUCUCCAUUGAUUUAGGACAGCAGAAAUUUGUCCAGUAAAAUGUUUAUAGAACAUACUGUCACUGGUCACAAGAGAAUGAUUUGAAUGUCAUAAAGUUGGUGCUAUCUUUGAAAUCUUUAUUAACAGCCUGUGGUACUGCACUCUAUGCUUGACUAUACAUGUAAUGGUUAAAGUUACUCCAUACAGCUGCUAAUCACAUUUGACAGAAAAUUUAAUAUGCCACAGUGCUUCAUUCCUUAACACAUCAAGCUUGUACACUGUUUUGCAUAUGAACAGACACAUGAACUCUACUAAACACAUAACUACUGAAUCUUUGGCAGCUAGGUAAUCACCCAUUUUUCUCCAGCAUUCUCCAUCAACAACAAUAUAGCAUCCAGAUAGAAAAAUGCUGCUUAUUAUCAGUAUUUUAUAUGGGCUCAACCUCCUAUAAAUGACAUUCCUUCUAGUUCAACCACAAAUGCCUGAGAUCAGAAAUUACUGCAGCUACAAAGGCCUAUGCAGGCCAUUCAGAUAAUAUAUUUCCAUAAUAGCUAGUUGAUUGUCUCCAAUAUUGAAAUUUUAAAUGUUUUUUCCUUAUUUAUUAUUAAAAACUUGUUUGACUUUUUAUAACAGUAUAUAAAUAUUUUUCAUAAAUUAUGCUACAUCGCACUACAGUUCGUACUUGCAUGGUAUUGAGGAAGUGCAAGGGAUAUGCCAUCAUUAUAUCUCAAUGUUUGACUCUUAAUCGCUCAGAAUUGUAAGCAGAUCUUAGGUUUACUUAUUUAAUAUUAAGGGAAACUGUGUAAAGUUUACCAAGAAAUCUCAUAUAGAAGUUAUCAAGCAGAAACAAAAAACACAACCCAUAGGAGGCACAAAAUUAAUUUUUGGUUUUUGCAAGAUUCUUACCUUUUAUGCCAAGUAAAAAGCCGAAUGGCCAAAGCUACCGCAACAGAAAAACAGAGUAAUAUAGGAGGCGCCCUGUGCUGUCCACUCUGACAGGAAGCAGUUCCCUGAAGCUUCAGGCAGAUAUAUUUUGCCAUCCUUGCCAUCAAGACAUCCUUUAACUGGAAAUGAUGGUAACUGAUCUUGGGGCCUUCUCUUAACUGCAGGCAGAAAGACAGACGAGGUUUGUCAGUGUACAUGUUUGUCUGUUACAGAGAUCUCUUAGGAGUUCUGUUGAUUAUCAUAUGGUUUUGUAAAGUUGGUGUUUACACUGUUCAGACUACAAAAUGGUGCAGUAAGGAUAGUGCAAGUACACUAUCUAGUGAUGCAUAAUCCAAUUUCCGGCUUCUCCCUUUUCUCCAGGAAAGGAAUUGCAGAUCACCAGUCACCUCAAUCAACACUGCAAAUGGCCCAUGGUAGGCUUAUAAUGUAGAAAACCCAAUGGUAUGGUAUAGGUAUCAGCUACUGAAAUCACUGUGACAGUUGUGUUCCUAUUUCUUUGUACUAGAGAACCUUAACUAGUACAGCUGAUAUUGUAGAAUUAUGACCUUCAUAACGACUGCAGGAAAGGCUGAGCACCUAUUGAACCUUAUGGUUCUGCAAUUAAACAUAUUUUUACUGCGUUUUACCGACAAAUGAAAGGGAGUCCAGUGGCAAGGGGACACUAUUACUAGCCUCAAGGGGAAUAUUAUACUAUAUUUAGUAUAUUAAACAAGCAGAAAUUUUAACUGAUUUGGAUAUAAACAUGGUUUAUACCCUUUAAAGGCAAUCCUGUGCAUACCUACCCAGAAGUCCUACAGAAUUAAAUGAGACAUUAAGGCAAGUGUGUCUAGAACAGCCUUAUCUUCUGUGCUAUGCCAACUACCUUUCUGUCAAAAUAUUAGAUUUUCAUUAAACCUCAGUACAGUUAUAUAAGCAGCUAAAUGCUGAUUUCUUAUUAGGGUUGCCUGGCUCUUAUUAAAUCAGCCCAAGGCUUAUUUUAAUGAAAGUAGGCAAUGACCCCAAAACCCAGUUUCGGAUAGCUGUCCCAAAUGCUUUUGCAGAGAACAUUUUAAUUUUUGAAUCCAUAUAUACAAAUGGCCACAAAACAAAGCAUGUGUGCCUACAAAUACAGUAUAGGUUACAUUGUGACACCAACCCUGGAAUUAUCACCUGAGGAAGGUGGUUCUUUAUAGAAUGACAUCACAAUGAUUCAAUCUACUUAUUGCAGUGUGUCAUAUCUCAGAGCUCCAUUUGGCAUCCUCUAAACCAGUGUUCGGCCACAAUUAAAAUAGUGUGUUCCGCUUCAUUCCCUAUAGGAAGGCAAUAAAAAGGGAUGAAAAGCAGCAGCAGUAUUCCUAAGUAAGUUUAAGAGGAGCAAAAAUACAGCCAGGGAUGGGUGGCAGUGAGAUCAAGCAAAGAAAAAAGAAUAAGAGGCAGCGCUAGGCCGCCGUUUCAGGUAGCAGGUGAUGUGCAGCCAGGUGCUAGACGACAGAGCUGUUUAUCCCACACUGGCUGCCCCUGUGCUCCCUAAACCAGCCUAGCUGCCCUCAGGUGUGGGUAUCGCCCCCUUGUCCCAUCACUGCUGUUGAAAGCAGAGUCAGCAGCUGGUCUAGGUGGCUUGUGUACACAGAACAGGAAGGGAGAUGGAGCGUAAUCUUUGCCUCGGGCAGCGAAGUGUCCUGGGGCAGCAGCGCUGAAGGAGGGGCGGGAAGAAUGCAAUGGCCGAGCCCAGAAAGGGGAAACGAAAACCGGAGCCAAGUGGCACGGAAACAAGUGCAGUAGUAGAAAACCAGAGCCAAACCUAGAUGUGGGGGGAGAUAACAGCGUCACAGCCAAGUUACGUCGGUCUGAGAAAAGCCCAGCGUGCAGCUCCCGAGUAGUCGCCGUGCCCUGCAGCCGUGCCAGUGCCUAGCAGGGCGCGGAGAACGGAAACUGCCGUACCCUCUUAAACCAACUUUGGGAGCGGCCAUGCCAUGUGGGGAAGGCAGUGCAGGGUCAGGGUCAAGGGAAAGCACUGCUAGGCGAGUGGAGAGAGAGAGGGCGCUCACAGACACCGGGGCGUUUUUUCCAAGUGUCCCGAGUAGUUCACUCUGCCUCACCGGUUCUGGCUGGGCCAGACCUGCCUAGCGGCCCCACCUGGCUGCGCCCGACGGAGGCGGCUUUUGAGGCUGGAGUGAGUCAGCGGGUGGAAAAAGAGGGCAAAAGCGCGGCAGCUCUUGCCUCGCAUGUCAGGCAGCUCUCUCUCUUUUUCCCUCCCUGGCGGAGGCGGGGGCAGCCGUUUCUCGCUCUGUGUGUGUGUCCGGCUCAGACCCCUCCCUCUCCGGACUGAUCGCUCUGUGUGAGACUCUCCCGGGGACGCCCGGAAACGCCGCCUGGGCCCAAAGGCCGCAACCGCCACCCCAACCGAGCCCCCUUCCCUCAGCCCUCGCCUCCUGCGGCUGCCACGGCGGGCUAAAUGUAGCCCCUGCAAAUCGGGCGGGGAGGUUUGCAGAAACAUGGCGGGUAGGUAGCACCUCCCUCCCUCCCCAACCCCCCCUCCCACUCCCAGAAACUCCGUCCGGGCGCGAAAGAAACACCUCAGUCCGGACCCCCCCCCCCGCUUCAAGGAAAAAGCAAAGGGAAAGCGCCCUUUAGCGAGUCCUCCUUCACCUCAACUCAUCGAUCUGGGGGGUGGGGGGGUUGCCUCCUGCCUGCCUACCUACUUCUCUCUGUGUGUGUUGGGGAAACUAUGGCAGGAGCUUGCGAGGGGAUUUAUCUGAGAAAUUAACGACCUUGUGUGGCAAGAAGGGCUUGGGGGAUUUGUUGCCAGAUGUAGGCGUCCCCCUUCUUUCUCUCGGCCCCGUGAGUGUGAGGAGGGGGCGCUUAGGGCAGGGGUGUGUGUGUGUGUGUGUGUGUGUGUUUUAUAGCGUGGUAAAGAAGCGCGAGGCGCUCUCGUGGGGUGUGUAUUACGGGUGUUUUACAAAGGGGAGUUGGUCUGGGGUGGGGAGGAACCCCCUCGGCUGGAGUUCACUUUGUCUUGUCUCUCUCCGCCUCCCCCCCCCACUCCCCCGUCUAGAUCUGUCGCUGCUCCAGGAGGACCUGCAGGAGGAGAUAGACGGAUGUGAGUAGCCCCAGCUGCAACAGCUUCUUCUUCUCUUUCCCUCUUCCCCAGCGCGCUCGGCGGCGCUGCCCGGGCCGCCCCUUCUUCCCAAGUCCGUCUUGGAUGUGGGGGCUGGGUCGGGGCGGUCCCACUUCACUCGCACCCGGAAACUCAGGGGAUCCUGGGUCUGGAAUGAAAUGGGGAGAGGGAGCCUGUUCCCGUCUAACGAGGGUUUGUGCCUUAUCUAUCUAUAUAUGUAUAUAUACAUAAAAUACAACCGGGAACGGGGAGGGAGAGGGAUGGAUUGCGCGUGUGUGUCAAGCUCUCGUUCGCUUUUGCUUCCGCGAAUAAAUGGUUUUGAAAGCGUGGAGGAGGCCCAAGUUGCAUUGUGGGAGGAAGCAGCCAUGCUCAGCUGUCCUUGCCCGUUUUCCCCCAUACAGGCAUUUAUGUGUAUGGCUUGCAAACUUGCUCGUGUUUGUGCCUGUCUUGAUUUUGUGGUUGUUGUUAGUUUGUUUUACUUUUCUGGAGACCACGAAGGGAAAAUGGGGAAAGUUGUGAGUUGGAUGGGUUGGUUGUGAUUAUAGCAUUACUGCUGCUAUUCUGAUGAAUGAGAUUUAGGUCACGUUGUACUUGAAGCUUAACAGUGUCUUAAUAUUGAGAUACAGUACUAAUAGAAUUCGCCUUCCUUUAAUAACACUUUAUUAAUUGCCAUCAGAACUCAUUGAAUGUUCUCAUAUAGGAAUUAUGCUUGUGUGCUUUUUAAAAUCAAGGUGUGUUCAGGUUUGAUAUAGCCAUUGAAUAUUUAAAUUGUAAAAAUUAAAUUUACAUUUUAAAUGUCAAAAUUUUUAAAAUACUAAAAUUUAAUACAUUGAUAUUUAAAAGUUAGCAUUUAUGUUGUUGAAUUUCGGACAGCUAAUGAGAUUAAAAAAUGCAUUGUGAUCCAUAAAGGGUCAAGAAAGCAAAACCCAAGAUUGGUAAAGUUUGAUACGACACUGACCUUGACUUUGUAUGUUAGAUAAAUAGAAUGAUGCAUAUUCUUCUGAAUUAAUUUGUGGCUGGUUUGCAGGUCUGUUGUAUGAGGUUCAGGUCUUCUAAUUAGAUUUUGACCUGCUUUCUUUAGUUUUUAAUCUUUUAAAAUGUAUUGUGUACAUAUCAGACUUUAGAGAACUGAUGCUACCACCUAUUUGAAUCAAUAGUAUACACACACACAGAGUAAUGUGCAUUUAUGUUCUGAACAGAAGGUAAACCUGUGUAACUCAAAAUAUUUUAGUAAUGUAUAUGAAUAUACACUUAAUUUUUUUACAGCAGUAAAUACGUGAUAGGUGACCAGUGCAGGCAUCAGUGAUUGUGUAGAACAGCCUUCUCCACCUUCGUGCUUUCCAGAUGCUUUGGACUACAACUCCCAUGGAUGUUGUAGCCAAAAUAUGUGGAGGGCACCAGGCUGGAGAAGGCUGGUAUAGAAUAUUGUGUGAACUAAAUAAUGGAGAAGGUACUAUGGAAAAUAAUAAUGAAGUACCAGAAUUAAAUAAAAUAGAAGUAUAGAAGAGAGUUUAGAAGAUGUGUCCAUAUUAAAAAUACAUGCUCCAGAAUAAGAAUGUAAGAAGAUUGAAUAAUAGAGUGUCCUUUCUAAUUUCUGCUACUUUUACUUACCAUCUCUUUCUUGGAGGCAGAUUCUUUGGUAUAAAUUUUGAUGGUUAACUCUUGGAUAGGAGCACUUAGUAAAACAUAAUUUCUCUUCCAAGGCGAUAUUAGAGGGUGGUAUUAGAUGAAAGCGAAGUCAAUUGCUGCUUUAAGUAGUGUUGUAGUAUUCACCACAGUGCAGCUGUAUACAAAUUAAUAUUCAUUACGUUGUCUCCUUUUUAUUGUCCAUAGUAAGUGAUGCUUGCCAUAUGAGUUGUCAUGCUUUUGAGUUCUUGAUUAUUAGGGUCUUAGUGUGAAGGUUUUAUCUCAGUGGAGCACCUAUCAAUGAGUGCAGUGUUUGAAUUCUGCAUUAGCCUCCUUUUCUGUAUUAGCAUCAUUUCCUGUAGAGGUCUGCUUGGUGCCAAAGUUCUUCAACUGAGAACACUUUAUUUCUUCUUCUCACAUGCUUCAUCCUCAACUUUGUACCCUGUAUGUUCUUGUAGUAUUGCAGCUGUCUUGGCUCUUCAUAGAGGGAAAUGGGCCAUCAAAAGACCUGAUUUGUACUCAUGCCUUUUAGGUUGACAUGGGACCUUAAGCAGCCCAGAUCUGAGACACUGGUGCUAGCUAAUCUGAUUCCUCUUAAUAAGCUGAUUUCUAAGGCGAGACUGGUGACUGCAUACUUUAUUUUUGUUCUCUGUUAUUUUAGUGACAAACUGCAUAUACAGUCAAUUAUGGUAAUCCACAAAUCCUUGAUAAAAACAAAGGCCAUAAGCUGCUGAAAUGGCCCCAGUGGCAUUUGUGUCUAACUAAUGGUAGUGUUUCAGGGUUGCCUCUGGUGUACCUUCUUAGGUUGAAGACAUCUUUCUUUUUUAAAAACUGUGUCUGUGCUUCUAGGUGGACAACUUCAAUUGCUAAUUUUAAGCUUUUGUGUGUAGAGCAUAAACCAGGAACAGACAGAAGCAAAAGAAAAAUUGUGACUUCAUUGUGUGAUGAGAGGUAGAAGAGCAUACAUACGCAGUAAAAUCUGUUGGUGCAAGGACUUCCACUUGUGCAGAGAAACUUCCCUUCCCCCUGUGUGCCUCUAAAUAUAUUCUGAGAGUUCUCCAUACCCUCUGGAACAGAUUGGGGGGCGCUCUGGAGAGGCAAGGGAGGGAAGUUCUGUUUAGCAGAAGCCCCUGCACUAACAGGGUGACUUAGAUGAAUACAGCCCAUUGCUGUUUAGCAUGGUCACUUUGACGAGCAGUAACUAGGAGAAUAGUAGAAAGAUUUCUUGUUCUUUUGAAACCAUCUGAGUAUAGAUGGAAAAACAGUAUUUUCGUCUUGGAUAAGUUUGUGAAUUUCAUUUACAUAGGAGAAUAAAAUUGAUGGUUGUCCACAUUCCACAGUGAACAUGAGUUUUGUUUGUAUAAUAAAUGUCAUUUCUGAAAAUAGACAUGUAACUGAAUUGCCUAUAAACUACAGGCAAACAGGUGCCAAAGAUCAGAAAAGGAGGUACUUUCAAUAGACAUUAGGAAGGCAAUGUUAUGUGGUUAGUAGCAUAGGAGAUUCCAUAAGGGAUGACUACACUGUUGAAAUAUGUUUAAAUGAAAGAGUUCAAAAUUAUGCUUACAAAAUGGAAUGGUAUUUGGUAACAGUGUGCAAAUUUCCCUACCUUUUGUGGGCAAACAUUGAUUGCUGUAUCCUUUAAAAAAAUCCCAAAACUGUUGUACAUUGUUAGGCAGUAGGUUUUUGAGUUUUAAGAUUUAUUUGAAUUCAGUGCAUUUAUCUAGGUUUUUGCUUCCUAUUUAAGUUAAUUCUUUUUGGAGGUUAUUUUUUAUGUUUACAAUAUUGUACAAUUUUGAACACUUUCCUAUGUUUCCAUCAUGUUAGAGCAGAGGGGAUAGGAACCUGUAGCUCUCCAGAUGAUGCUGGACUACACCUCCAUUCGUCCUUGAUACUUGGUCAUGCUGGCUGAAGCUGAUGAACACUGAAGUCAAACAACAUCUGGAGGGUGAAGUCAAACAACAUCUGGAGGGUCACAUGCUUCCCAUCUCCAUGAUACAACCAGAUCUUGUGUUUACACUGAGAUCAUGGUGAUGUUCCAUAAACAUUUGCCCCCCGCCCCAAUAUUGGCAUCUAUUAAAAGUUAUAUGAAGUAGUAGAAAUGUUCAUCUCCUGUAGGUGUUGCUUAUAAAGGGAAAUAUUUAUGCAUCGUCUUAAUACAUUUUAUUAAACUAAUAAACAGUGAUGUUUUGGAUGAAUGGACAUACAGUGGUACCUCGGGUUAAGUACUUACUUCGUUCUGGAGGUCCGUUCUUAACCUGAAACUGUUCUUAACCUGAAGCACCACUUUAGCUAAUGGGGCCUCCUGCUGCCGCCGCGCCGCCGGAGCACGAUUUCUGUUCAUAUCCUGAAGCAAAGUUCUUAACCUGAAGCACUAUUUCUGGGUUAGCAGAGUCUGUAACCUGAAGCGUAUGUAACCUGAAGCGUAUGUAACCCGAGGUACCACUGUACUUCAAGGAGAAUACUGACAACCUAGUUUCCAAUAAGUUUCAUUGUUGCAGGAGUAGCUGAAAAUAUAAUGCUAAAGCAAGCAAUCAGUACUUUGGUAUGUGUUUUUAAGUCAGCUUCUUAAUGUUAAUGGACACACCUCUCUACAUUAUUAUUACUAUUUCCAAAUAUAAGUUCUGCAUGGGCUACCUUACGUUUUUCACAUCUGAAUAUUGGCAAAUAAGUGAAACAACAUACAGUGGUACCUCGGGUUACAUACGCUUCAGGUUACAGACUCCGCUAACCCAGGAAUAGUACCUCGGGUUAAGAACUUUGCUUCAGGAUGAGAACAGAAAUCGUGCUCCGGCGGCGCGGCAACAGCGGGAGGCCCCAUUAGCUAAAGUGGUGCUUCAGAUUAAGAACAGUUUCAAGUUAAGAAUGGACCUCCGGAACGAAUUAAGUACUUUACCUGAGGUACAACUGUAUCUGCCAUUUCACACAUGAUAUGAGAGUUUGUGUCCACGUUUGGAUCUGCCUUUCAUUGCUGAAAACUUUGGUCAAAUGAGAUGGUUUCAAUUCAGUUUUAAGUGAAUAGCAAUGGUACAGUAUACAGCUGUGCUACAUCAUGUCUCUGAAUACCAGUUGCUGAGAAGUGAGAGUGGGGAAGAGCACAGUUGGUCCUACUCUGGUCCUAGUUGCAGACUUCCCCAUGGCAUCUGGUUGACCACUAUGAUAAUAGAAUGCUAGGCUAGAUAUACCUUUGGCCUGAUCCAGUAGGAUUCUUCUUAUGUUAUAUACGGAGGUACAGCUCAGACAUCUUUUGAUUUCAUAAUUUUGUUUUAUAUAAAUAAAUAUAUUGGAAGUUUUUCUUUUAGCCAAAGCCAUUUAUCUGAAAUAUUCCUACAGGAAAAAAUAAAUAAAUGAAACAGACUUUCUAGUUUAAAUGUGAUAGUCAAACAAUUUCACAACUUUACUUGAAAAAUAUUUUUAUUGGGAUAUAUGUAUAUAUUUUAAAACCUGACAACUCAAUAGCAAACAAUCCCUACAUUGCUUAAAUGUUUAGAAAAUCAUGUAAAGACACUCAAAACUGUUAAUACAGUGGUACCUCAGGUUAAGUACUUAAUUCGUUCCGGAGGUCCGUUCUUAACCUGAAACUGUUCUUAACCUGAAGCACCAUUUUAGCUAAUGGGGCCUCCUGCUGCCGCUGUGCCUCUGGAGCUCGAUUUCUGUUCUUAUCCUGAAGCAAAGUUCUUAACCUGAAGCACUAUUUCUGGGUUAGCGGAGUCUGUAACCUGAAGCGUCUGUAACCUGAAGCAUAUGUAACCUGAGGUACCACUGUAUACUGUACCAAUUUUAAUACAGUGGUGCCCCGCAAGACGAAUGCCUCGCAAGACGGAAAACCCGCGAGACGAAAGGGUUUUCCGUUUUUGAGUUGCUUCGCAGGACGAAUUUCCCUAUGGGCUUGCUUUGCAAGACGAAAAUGUCUUGCGAGUCUUGAGAUUUUUUUUUCGCUUCCCCCCCCCUUUAUCUAAUCUGCUAAGCCUUUAAUAGCCUUUAAUAGCCUUUUAGCAGCUAAUCCGCUAAGCCUUUAAGCCUUUAAUAGCCGCUAAACCGCUAAUAGCGCUAAUCCGUUAAGCCGCUAAUAGGGUUGCUUCGCAAGACGAAAAAACCGCUAGACGAAGACUCUCGUGGAACGGAUUAAUUUCGUCUUGCGAGGCACCACUGUAUGCCUAAAUAGCAUGUUUAAUUUGGGAAAUGUAGUAUUAUGGUGCACAUGUAGUAUUAUGGUGCACAUGUGCAAGCACUUUGAAAGAGUAGUCAUGCGAGAAGCUAAUUGCAAUGCUGGACAGUUUCUGUUAGACUGAUAUUAUAUCCAUGUAUAAUGAUGGUAGUGGCUUAAUUUUCUGUAGGAAAAAUAUAGCAGCUGAAAAUUUACAUCAAUUGUUUUAAUAUGUGUGCUCCUGUUUGCUACAAGGAGGAUUUGUCAAGGAUAUUGUGAAUACAGUGGUACCUCGAGAUGCGAACGAGAUCCGUUCCGGAGCCCCAUUCGCAUCCUGAAUAGAACGUAAGACGCGUCUGCGCAUGUGCGGGCCAUGUUUCGCCGCUUCCGCGCAUGUGUGUGACGUCAUGCGCGAGCAGCGAAACCUGGAAGUAAUGCGCUCUGUUACUUCCGGGUUGCCGCGGAGUGCAACCCGAAAAUACUUAUCCUGAAGCAUAUUUAUCCCAAGGUAUGACUGUACUUGGAGCAGUUAAUUCAUGGGCAGGGACUUGGGAGACUGUUAGCAAUUUGUGAUAGUGCCAGAGAGCCCUAAUCAUGCAUCAAGGGUUCUAUUGUUAUGUGUAUACCAUAGGUAACAAGAGACCAUUAUCCUCUAUGCUGUAGAAUAAGUGUAAAAUAAGAAAGCAUGAGACAACUGGAAUAUUCAUCUGUAUGAAAAUAGAUGGGGAAUGGCCAAUUCUCUUCCCACUGUACUCCAAAAGGAUAGAACAAUGGAAAGUGCUCUAUCUGACUUAUUAAAAGCACUGCUCUUGUAACAAGACUGUUAAUAAGCCAGUCAGCCAGUGAAAGCAAAAUGGUAAAUUGAGAGAGUAGUUAGAAUGUCAGCAGUGGAUUCCAUAGAUGACCGAUCCUUGAACAAGUGGGGAUCAUCCUUGUUUUUUGGAGAUAACUGGUACUCACAAGAUUUUUAUGUCUGUUGCUUUGACAAUAUGUAAGUGUUGGUAAUUAAACUUGAUCAGAUUGCUGCUGACAUGAAUAGUGUUGCAAUAAGUUGGAAGAUAACAUCAUGGAUAUAGGCUGACUUCUUCCCCCACCCCAUCCUGAACUUAAAACUAACUAACAGAUUUGAAGAAAUACAAAGUACAGCCCAGCAGCAUCUAGAUAAUUGCGCUAGAUGCCACAAUCACAGGUACUUCGCUCUGCUGCUUCCAGGAGCGAAGCCUUGGAUUUGCUUCAGCAUUAUGCCUGAACCUAGACUUGUGGUUUGCUUCCCUCCGAGCAAUUAAUUAUAACCUAAGUUUGUUCUUGGCUUUACUGCCCAUGGUUCCCAUGUAAUGCUAAGCAAAACUAGGGCAGCACAGUGGGAACAGAGGAGGAGCAAAAUUUUUAGCCCUGUGCACCAGCAUGCUGAAUGCUUAUAUUUAAACUAUACUUAACCUUAACAGUGGUUUUAAGUCCUGAUUUUGGUUUUAAUGAAAUUGCACUUCCUAACUACUUUCUUGGGUCUUCAUCAAUUUUGAGGUUCAUAUUCAUUUAUGUAUACAAAUUCGGCUACUAGAGAUCUUUAUCUGGUAUGACAGGAGAGGUUUUAAAAAACAGUUAAAAAACAGGACUAGUAGAAAAAGCAGUCCGCUGCAGAUGGUGUGUGGUUUACAAAAUAUUUGAGACUGAAGGAAAUUGGAGAACAAUUUUGUACAAAAAGUGGAUAUAGUUCAAGAAGAAUGGCUGAAUUGUACAAAAAGCAUGCUUUGAAAGGGAAGAAUGGUAAAGGCACACAAAGUUUAAAGACUAAUCUGUGUUGAAAGCAGACUGCUGCAUAGCCUAGCUUCUUCUCAGCAUUAGGCAUCUGUUUUAAAAUAUAGAUUUGUGAUUAUAAGGAAUGUUUCUGAUGUCUCUGAUAGUUGGUGUGGAUGACUACAGCUCAGAGUCUGAUGUGAUUAUUAUACCUUCAGCCCUGGACUUUGUCUCACAAGAUGAAAUGUUGACUCCUCUGGGAAGAUUGGACAAGUACGCUGCAAGUGAGAAUAUUUUUAACAGGUAUGGUAUUUUAGCCUAAAUAAUCUGUUUUAUAAGGAGCUAUCUUAAAAUGUUUUGUGUGCAGGACAAAACUUAAUCUCUUUUUUACAAGGAAAUUCUAUGAAUUAAAUUCACACACCUAUCCACCUUUUUCAUUUAAUGGAUUAUCUGUCCUUAUCAAGAGGUAUUUGGUAUAUUACUUUGUAAGAAGAUAUGUAUUUAAGAUUUGUAUUGUAUUCACACUAUAACACAGUAAUGUUUGAAGAGACUACAGUUCAUUUCCAAAUGUAAGAAUACCAGCUGUACACAUGAUUAAAGAUGGUGGCCUAAUGUAACAUGUCUUUGUUUACAAGGAUCUGUCUGCCAUCUGAUAUCGGAAUAUACAAUGCUGUAAAAUUCACCUUAGUUUUUGUUGAGUUCUAAGGAAAGAUUUUCCUCUUUUUGUAUUUGGUAUUCUUAUACAGUGGUUUAAUUUUCUGGGUAAUAGUUCAAAAUGAUUUGUUUUGAUUUUUUAAUGUUAAGUAUUCUGUUCUGAACAGUUUUUUAUCCUGUGGGCAGCAGGCUGUAUUUGGUGUAGCAGACAAAAACUUGGACCAGGAAAGCUGGGUUCACAUUGCCACACAGCCAUGAAACUUUGAGCAAGACACACACACACACUAAGGGUUGUUGUGGGCAAAAUAGGGUAACCCAUAUAUACUACCUUGAGUUUUCUGAAAGAAGGCUUGGAUGCAAAUGUGUUAUAUUAAGGUGGGAUAGAUAAAUUAUUUCUUGACAUGUAAAAGCUAUAAACUUAGUUCCACAAUAUUGCAAUUUUAUUCUCUCAUGUUCUAGGCAAAUGGUGGCUCGAAGUUUGUUGGACACUUUGAAAGAAGUGAGUGAUGAUGAGAGAGAUUGUAUUGCUGUACUGGAAAGAGUCAGCAGGCUAGCUGAUGAUUCAGGUAUGUAGUAUGAGCUAUCUUAACGAGGUAAUGAAGUAGAUUAAAUGUUGGGGUGGUUAAUGUGAAUAGUGGAUAAACUAGAUUAUAUUUCUUUCUUUAUUCCAUGCUAUUAGUAUCCUCAGUAGUUCAUUCAAAAAAGCAAUUGUUGCUUUGCAGCUGCUGAAGAAUCAUGAUUAUAAAACCAAAUUCAUGUUAUUGCUGGCAGCACUGUAAAGAAUAUUUAGAAAAGGAUCAAAAUAGUACCUAUUUCAAAAUGGCUCCUAAUAGCAAGGAGGCUUUUCAGGAAAACAAGGAGACCAUAAAAUGAGAGGAAAAUGGAGACUGGCAUAAGGUAUUAAAGGCAGAUUAAAGGCAGAAAGUGGUAGGGAAGUGCAGUGGGAUGGGGAAAUUGGCAAAAAUUGCCACCCUUCCUAAUCCACUUAGCAGAUGCAUCCUCUGGAUUAAAAGGACUUUGGUGAGCACAGGGACAUCAGUUGAAUUCCACAAUUAAUACUACUUGCAAAACAAGAAGGAUUAGUGACUCUCUUGAACUUUUAAUUCAUGAAGCAAUAAAUUUGAAUCCAAAACGAUUCCUUUAUGACCGGUUAGAGAGAGUUUAUUAGUACUGCAUUAUAGUAGGUAUUUGACUUUCGAUCAGGAGAUCGAUAACAUAUGAUUUACUGGUUCAUCUUGACAUUUUUAUCAAUAGAGCCAACAGUACGAGCUGAAUUGAUGGAACAGGUGCCUCAUAUAGCUAUGUUUUGUCAAGAAAACAGGCCUUCAAUCCCGUAUGCUUUUUCAAAAUAUUUAUUGCCUAUUGUGGUGAGAUACCUUGCAGACCAGAACAACCAGGUGAGAAGUCAUUGAAGUUAUUGAAUAAUUACACAGUUGUGUACAGAUUUUACAUGUUUGAAAUAAGCUACAUGCAGAUCCUGCAAUCCUCCCAGUUGUUAUCCAAAAAUUCACUUACCUGAACAUAAACAAUUAUUCCCAAACCUUACUACACGCGCCGCUGAUUCAGAUAUCCGAAUAGCCACAAUUUGCCCACUUCCGUACUUGUUUAUGUUUUGCUGGUUGGCAGCAGCCAUUUUAGGGUGGGGGGAGAUAAUGGAUUAGAAAUGUUCCCGCAGGAAAUAAUGGAAAUUGCCAGCUUGUUAUGCAAAUGCUCUUCUAAUAGACAGUUUCCUGAGAAUGCAUUGUGUUCGGUAAGCGGGACCUGCGUUUAAUAGUACCAUGUUAAUACUCAUCCAAAUAAAUUGUUUACAUAACAGCAUCAGUAUAUAUGGGACUUUGAAGUAGCAACAUGACAGGUCCCUUCCCAUUGGGGCUGACACCUGAACAUUCACUACAAGGGAGGGAAAAACAAGGCAGUUUAGUGGUUUUGAAAUUUCACAAUUAUUUGGAUCAGUGAAUGUCCCAACAACUAAAAUAAGAUUAAAGAGUUUUGAAAUAAAUUUGUGUCACAGACUCAGUAAUUAAAUUAAACAAUUUAUGUUAGUCUUCCACAAACCAAUGUCCCUAUAGUUCAAAACAUCUGGAGGGCAUCAUGCUGGGAAAGGCUAGUCUGUAUGAAUAACCUGUUUACUUCUGUGUUCUCUUUAGUGCCUUUUGCAGUGGUACUUGACCAGCGUUACAUAGUAGCAGUAGUAUAAAUAUUAUCAAAUUAAAGAUUUACAAUGGUAUCAUUCCAUAUGUUAAAGAAUUCAUGGAAAUAAAUGCUAACAGUGUAUGGCAAUAUCCCAGACAACAUAAUCCUAUGUAGAUCCUAUUCAGAAAUAAGGCCCGUUGAGUUCAGUGGGACAUUCCUAGGUAAAUAUAGAGUGGAGCCUGAAAGCGAUUCACAGGAGUUCAUUCUUGCUGUCUUAUAAAAUGUUUGUUCUAAAGCUUUGUGGCACGGGUGAAAACAUAAUUCAAGUCCCUUCCUCUCUUCUUUUUAAACAUAGGUGAGAAAAACAAGCCAGGCAGCAUUACUUGUUCUUUUAGAGCAAGAACUUAUUGAACGCUAUGAUGUGGAGGCCAAAGUAUGCCCAGUUCUUGUAGAGCUGACGGCUCCAGACAGCAAUGAUGAUGUGAAGACAGAGGCUGUGGCAGUAAGUUGGAGGAUGACUUUGCAUUGUCUAUAUUAAUUAAUUAUCUGGAUUUACUAAGCAGCAAACAUGCUUGCUUUCCCAUAGAGUAUCCUUUGUCAUGAAUGAGAUGUAAACUAGUGCUUUGCAGACUAAGAUAAUGGUGUAGUUAUAGCGAUAAGCAUGUUUCAGAGAUCAUAAAACAUUUUUUUGGACCAAGAACAGAGGAAAUGGAAGAAUGGUGAUGCUUCAAUCCUGCUCACAAGUUGUUAAACUCCUGGUUAACUUCCAUGGAAUAAAGCAUCCAAACUAUACAGGAUUGCAUCCACUGAACUUAAUGUGGACCAAGAACUCAAAUUAGAAAAUAAUUAGAAACAAAAUUAAUUGCCUUUGUUCUGUCUUAUUGGGCCUUGCAAACAAGGAAAAUUAUUUCACCCAUGAUUUCUUUCUUUGUCAAUGUCUGGUGGAGGGGGAAAAGGAGUGAAAGGGUUCACCCCAUUCAUUCAGCUGGCUGUAGCUCAACAGCCAUUGAAAGCUAGCAGCAGGCACUUUCUUUGACACAUACUUGGUCAGUGAAAGAGAUGUGGUCUGUGUCUGAGAAAGAGUGGGGGGAGGUAUGUGUGAUCUGUGUGAGAGAAAGUGUGUUGCAUUUAUUAAAAUUCUAUCACAUCCUUCCUCCCAAAGGAGUCUCAGGUACCAAUGUUUGUAUGGUUGGUGUGUGUUGAGUAGGGAGGGGAGUUGCAGGUAGGUCUGUGAGAGAGAAAUAUGCACUUGGGCAGGCAUAUGUGUCUGUGGUCUGUAUGUGUGUGGUGAACAUGUGCAUGUGUUAUGCAAGACAUAGUGUGGUGUGGUGUGACCAUUUUCUAGAUUUUUCCCUGGUAGGGAUGGGGGCGGGGGGAAUCAACAUUGUAUGAUCUCCACAAUAAGGACUAAAAGGUCAUAGCUGACUUCUCACAUUACCCAUAAGGGGUGGAGCAUGAAGCAGCAAUGAGUGUGCUCUUAUGUUGUGUCAUGCCAGCCCCAGCCCCACCAGCCAUUUUUUGACUGGUGCCCAUGGUGCUUUCCUACAAUUCAAAAUACUACUACUAGUCCAAAAAGGUAGGCAACCCCUAGCUGAGACCAAGAGAAACAUUUUUUCAAUGUAUCUGCCUUUUGUUAAUUUUAAUUGGCAAGAGCAUUUUGUUUCAAUGUACAGAGAGGAUGCAAAAGAAAAUACUAAUUAAGCAUUUUGUAAUACACAUUUUCAUAAAAAUGCUAUUGGAUUACAAGUAGGAAUUUUUGCAUAUCUAGGAAUGCAGUGAUACCAGAUGCAUAAUCAAUGUUUUUCUUGUAAUUAGAUAAUGUGCAAAAUGGCCUCUAUGGUAGGAAAGGACAUUACAGAGAGGCUCAUUCUUCCCAGGUUUUGUGAGAUGUGCUGUGACUGCAGAAUGUUUCAUGUUCGUAAGGUAUGACCUUUUUCCUUUGUAAAUCUCUUAUUUCCCUUCUUUACCUUGCCAGAAUUUUAGCCAUGCUUUUUUUUUGGAAAUGGAAAGCAUUUAUUCUAAGUAGGAAUCAAAACCUCCUUUGUGAAUGCACUGAUCUCUUGACAGCUUUGUAUGUGCAGGUCUUUCCUGUUUAUUGGAAUGGAUGAGGAAACUAUAGGUAACGAUUAUGGCCAUAAACAACCAUUGUCUUAAGAUGUCAGUGUGGCAUCUAGAAAAUAUGACUUGGGACUCUGGAGACAUGACUUUUAAAUCCCUCCUCUGCCAGGUAGCUCAGUGGGUAAUUUUUAGUCAGUCAUUAUCUCAGUAGCUAACCAUCACUGAUGGUAGCUAAGAGGCUAAAAAUGUGAUAACUCCUUGUAUGCCAUCUUGCAUUUCUUGGAGGAAGGGCGGGAUUCAUUGGCUCCAUUCACAGCAAGGCAGGGCAGAAAUGAAGGAUUUUCAGGACAUCACUGCAAAUGAAGCAAGUAAACGUCAGCUGUUGCUGAUACUCUCUAGGGUUUGGCAUUUGACUCGCCAGAGCACAUACUUUGAAUAUUGUCCAGUCAAACAGUUGUAAAAAUUAAAGCAUUAGAAUGAUAAUAUUUGACUGCUAUCCUAUCCUAUCCUCACUUUAUUCUGCAAAGAUGAUGGAAUCCCGAAAUGCUAGUAUCAUAAAGCUGGGAAGGAUCAGGAAGAACAUAAAGAUCAGCCCAGCUACUCUAAGGCAAGAUCUUACAUACAUCAAUAUUUCCUCUUCAAAUCAUAAAAUUGUAGAGUUGGAAGGGAGCCCAAGGGUCAUCUAGUCCAACUCCCUGCAAUGCAGGAAUCUCAACUAAAGCAUCCAUGACAGAUGACCAAUACAACACAGUUUGUUGGCCAAAGCAGAACAAAGUCCAUAGUACUGAGGUACAUCAGUGCAAGACAAGAGCAGAUAACAAACAAAUGAGCCAUUGCUGCACUAUGGGAAGGGCAAAUUUCUCCACAUUUGUUAUUGGCAUCAUACCCACACCAAACAUUUAAAGCACUCUUCCACCACUUUAAGAGUCAUGGCUUUUCCCAGAGAGUAAUGGAAACCAUAUUUUGUGAAAGGUGCAGAGACCCUUGACAAACUACAGUUCCCAGGAUACUUUAGGAGAAGCCAUUACUCCUAAGGUGGAAGAAGGGUCCUUUAAAUGUAUGGUGUGGAUGCAAGUAAAGUCUGAACUUUAGGGGGAAAUUCUUUCUUGACUCAAAAUCUGGUGAUUGGUUAGCAGCUAAAUGUGAAAUGAGAUCCACCCUCUUUCUCCCCAAAGGAAAACAUAAUUGCAUUGAAUGUUCACCUCAUUCAGCAUCAUCUCUGUAGUAAGGGGAUGAACCAGAGGGAGUUGGCUAAACUCAACAACUUAGGAAAGAAUACUUUUCUGAUCGCUCACACUGGCUUAUAACUUAAGUUUCCAGAACCUUUUUAAAAAAUCUAUAUUUUAUCCUACUUAAUACUUAAACCAAUUGUGCUCUUUACCAGUUUGUUCCUGCAACUUUUAGGGAAACAAGACUUCUUGUUCAUAUCAAGCUGUAUCUCCUAUUUUUAAAUUAGCUACCUUUCAAGAUUAGAACUGCAGUGAGUAGUAGACCUGUGAGUAGUAAACCUGUGGCCCAGUGCAAUAGAUUUACAGUUGAUUGCAAAAAUUGUAGUUUGAGAACCUCAGUCUUGCUUUUUUGAAUAGUUUUUGUCUGCUCGGUGCCAUAUUAUAAUAAAUGUAUUGUUUUUUCAGGUUUGUGCAGCCAAUUUUGGUGACAUCUGUAGUGUAGUUGGACAGCAAGCCACUGAAGAAAUGCUGGUAAAUUCUGGAAUAGGUUUUGAAAAGCUGCAGUUAGUUAUAAUUUUUCCUAUUAAAAUCACUGGAACCAAAGUACACUGAUUUAUGCUAGAUUUCAUUAAUGCCUUUCACCAACUUUAGUGCAUCAGCUACGGCCAUUCCUGGACCUAGAUAUCCUGGCCACAGUUACACAUGAAUUCUGUGUGGGGCUGUCCCAAAAGCUACAAGUUGUACAGAAUGCUGCUGAGUGGAGUAGCUUACUGGAGUAGCUUAAGCUCUUUGUGAGAUGAUGGGAUGGUUUUCUAAUACCAAAAGGAAACAAUAUUGUAAAGCAAUUCCAAACAUAGGAAGCAAAAAAAAUGAAUUCACCCUUGUCUUAAUCUUGUCCAUAGCACACUUAAUAAUUUUCCACUAUAACAUUUUACAAGUUUAUGAGGAAUUAUUUCAAGAUAAAAAGUCAAAACCUCAUUUAAAUUAUUCAUAGAAAAUUUGUGUUAUGCUUUGUAUUUUUCAGCUUCCUAGAUUUUUUCAGCUUUGUUCUGAUAAUGUUUGGGGUGUGCGGAAGGCUUGUGCUGAAUGUUUUAUGGCUGUUUCAUGUGCCACAUCACAGGAGGUCCGGCGAACAAAAUUAUCAACACUUUUUAUUAACCUUAUCAGUGACCCUUCACGAUGGGUAAGAUGUCAGUUGUUAAGCUCCCCUUCUCCUCUUGCAAGAUUCUUGACAAUUAUUUUGAGAGUUUAAUUAAUUGAUUGUAUUGAUCAAGUAUUGAUAAUACCAUUGACAUGUGGAAGGGGGUAAUGUAUUAUGCAAGGUAUAGAAGCUCCAUCCUCUGUAGUGUUUUGUAGACGUUGAUUAUGUUUUCAAUAACUAUUAGGGCUAGCAUUUUAAGGCAACUCUAUGUCCAGAUACUUUUGUCGUUUUACUUAUUUGUUAGAUGCCACAACAUAUUUUACUACUUUGAAAAAGCGUAAGGAACAGUGCUGUUAUUUGUCAGAACCAAAAGUAAAAGUAUAUGCCCCAAAAUGAAAUCUUCUAUUAUGAAAGUAAAUAUAACCAUGUACAGUGAAAGUGUACAGAGGUUCUUAAGAUGGUUUGACAAAGGAAUAAACAAUUGGGCAGGAAACAGGAUGUGAAAAUGCAUAUAUAUCUAUUAAACACUUUACAAUCUGGUUUGUAUUUGUUACUUGGUUCCUUCUCUAGCUUUUAAAAUAUGUAUUUGAAAAUAUUUUUGGAUUUCCUGCUCACCCAUUCUAAUAUCUGCUUUGACAAAUUGUGAUUUCUUCUGUUAAAGAGAUGUGUACUUCUGUAAGUUCUGAAUAUGGAUGGAAAUGUAAUGUAGGAAUUUAUAGUAAAAUUGUGGUGAAAUAUAUGUGAAUAAUGCAAUAUUUCUCUGGAUUAGAAUAAGGGGUAGCUAACCUGUGGUCCUCCAGACAGGAGCUGUAGUCCAAGAACAUCAUCCCUGACCAUUGGUCAUAUUGACUGAGGUUUUUUGGAAGCUGGAGUCUGACAACAUCUGCAGGGUUUGCAGGUUCCCCACCCUUGCUCUAGAGUUUUUAAAUAUUCUUCUGCAGACUGAUAUGUACUUUAAUAUGCGUAUUCAGACACUGGUGUGACACUCAAGUAUGUACCCGGUUGUAAUGUAAUAUUCUUGAGGCUGUGAGCAUAAUGCAUUCCCAUGUCCCACUUGUUGGCCUUGUUUCAAGAUGCAAGAUUUCCUUGCAGCAUACCUUGGGGAACUUAUGAUGUUUCCACUUCUGACAGCUGGAGCACUCAUUACAAGCAGCUAUAUUUAAAGGAACUCUCUGGAAUCCAUUACUCUAGGUCCGCCAAGCUGCCUUUCAAUCCCUGGGGCCUUUUAUAUCAACGUUCGCUAAUCCAUCCAGCAGUGGUCAAUUUUUUAAAGAAGAAGAAUGUAAAAACACUGAGGAUCGGAACCUUGCAGAGGAACAUAGGUAUGGAUUGGUUAUUAAUUUCAUUUAAAUUCAUUGGCUCUUAGCAUUUUUUUUACUAAUACUUUGAUUGUAAGUUCUACCAUUAUGAAGGAAAUUUCAUGUCCCAAGUUCUGAGGUAGGAUGGGUUUAAAAAAAUCUUUCUUUUAAACAACCCAACCAUUCUGAUUAUUAGACAUACACAUUUUCUGGGUCUAGCAAUGAAAAAAUUGUGGAUACAGAAUAUAUGUGCCAAAUGUUCAUUCUUUUUGAAGGACCUUAAUUUUGAUGCUGCCUGUUUGUGAGCAACUAAGAAAGGCACAAGUGUCCUUAUGUAGACCAGCAGUGACUAACUAUGCCAGAAGUUGAGGCCAGUUUAUUUUGCACUACAAUGCACAUACAGCUCCUUGUGCUUUGGUGUAACACGUGUCUUUAAUUUUGUGUUUGCUUGUUUGUCCCAGCAUCCUUCCACCCUCCAUUUUCCCCUUUGUGACCUCCAUAUUGCAGAUUGACCACCCAUGUUGUAGCCAAAUAUGUCUUUAUAACCACUAUGGUAGAUAACACACACAUUUAUUUUCUUUGUCCAGCAAUGAAAGAAUUGUAGAUACAGAAGAUAUCCCAACACAUGAUGUACAAAGCCAGACAGAGUUGCCUUUAGAUGCUGAUGAGAGUGAUUUUGCAGAGACCCUUGAAAAUGACAAGGAAGAGAGUAACUCCAUGUUGGUUCAUUCCCUGCCUGAGACAAUGUUUCAUUGCACUUCGUCUUCAGAAUCAUGUCAAGAAGCAGCAAAUAAGAACGAACAAAGUUUUGAUUGCUGUAGUAUAGCAGUAUUGCCAGCACCUGCACCGAGUUCCCAGGAAAAACCCCUUUCUGAUCAGGAGCUAUAUAACUCAUUCAAUUUCUGGAGGACUCCACUUCCCAAGAUAGAUAUUGAUUUAGAACUUCAGGAAACUGCAGAAACACUUGAUUCAGAAACUCAGGAAGGAGAGCAGGAAGUUGUUGCAUCAGCUUCUUCAAACGUUACCAUGGCUACAAGGAAGGAGUUGGAAGAAAUGAUAGAAAAUUUGGAGCCUCAUAUAGAUGAUCCAGAUGUUAAAGGUAUUAAUACAUGUUAAUACAUUCCUAGUUCCAGGUGAGGUGUGAAUUAGAUGCCUAGAAAAGAAAGAUUAAGGCCAAUUGAUUGCAACUGAAAUGAAUCUUAGAAUCCUGUAGGUAAAUAGCCUUGAUUUAUGCAAAUACACUAUGCUUACUUAUCAAAAAAAUCAGGUCUCUGUUUUGCACCACUACUCCCCCCCCCUUCUGUCCUUCCAUUUCCUUUUCUUGAUUUCAAACAAAGAUCUAAAUUACAGAGUGGAUAAAUUGUUACAAGUUAGUUGGGCCAGUUUUCCCUGGCCAUUUUACUCCCUGGUUUAAAUGUUAAGCUGCCUGUUAAAAAGUGAUUUGGGUAUCAAAUCCCAACUAUAUCAACAUAUUGCAGUACAUUAGAAGUGAAGCUGCAAGCCCAAAGUCUCUACCAUCACUAUAUAGAUUAAUUUCCAGGAACCUUCAGGGGCUGCAAACAUUUUGCAUUUCAUUGAAUAUUUUGCUAUCAGAAAUGUCAUGGAACAUGCCUCUUGAUCCCUGUUCCACUUCACUUUUAAAUAUGGUGUGGCAUGUGAAGGUCUUUAUGUGGUUGUAUUUCAUAAUAAUUUGCAGAAAUCUGUGUCUCCACCUGAAUACAGUUGCCCUCAGGAGUGGUUUACAAACCCUCUUCUUGGCAGUUUUUUUCUGUAAAGUUACUGAAUGUUCCUAGGUGCUGCUGAAUCUACCAUGUAUUUUGGAAGAUGGUCUCUUUAGCUCAUCUCUCUGAAUUUGGACACCUCUUAAGAAAGCUUGCAUGAUGAUUCCUGAGAUCAAGGAGCAGGUUUUUGUCUAUUGAUAUAAUUGGACACCAUUUUGAAUCAAAAUGGCGUACUGAACCUUUCAAAACUGUGCAAAUUUUCAUCACCAAUUUCAAGACAGUACUCACUGUUUUGUUUCUUAGAAUUCCCAAGCAGUGCUCGGUCUGAGACAGCUAGUGUAAUGUAAUUCAGCAUCAGUUCCAGAAACCUCUAUACUAGCUGAGAAUCAUGAGUGGAAGGGUGCUCAUGUGUCCAGUUUGUUGACAUUGCAUAGGCAUCUGAUUGGCCACUGUGAGAACAUAAUGCAGGAUUAGGUAGGCCUUUUCCAGCAGGGCUCUUCUUAUGUUCAUAUGAAAGAUAAAAGUUCUGGUAGCAGGAUCCAUCACCAUAUUAGGGGUGUUGGUUGCAGUACACCUCUUUAUGAACUAUGGAAGAAACAGGUCAGCUGCCUCUUACAUCCAAAACAAAAACCAGUUUGUUCAUUUCAUUACUACUACUUAGCCCUUCCAAGUAUGUCUCUUGAAUCUUGGAUUACUCCCGUUGGUCAUUGUGCUAAUUUACUAAUUUAAUCCAUAAAUGGUUAAUUGCAGAAAAUGGGCUAGAAAAUGAACUACUUGAUCCAUUAAUGAUGUCAGAUACCAAAUAGUGACUCUGGACAGCUUAUUAUAGUCUCAACUCAGUUGGCUUGGGUUUGAAUACAGAAUCUCAAAAUACAGUUUAUUAGGAAGCUUCCCACCCUUGUGUUUUACAGCGGAUUUGCUUAAAUGAAUUUUCACUUGCAGGCAGCUUGCCAACAUGAGUACUACUGAGUAGCUUCUUAAGUAUUGUAUCUAUUAGAUGACUUUCAAUACUAGAAAUGUUCCCUAUGCGAAUGCACCACAGGAAGCGUUUUAAAAUUAUGCUCCUCCGUGAAGUAAUCACAUAGCAACUUACUGUGUUGUGAAGUAGAAAGGAAGUAAGAAAGAGCACUUCAGGAAACAGAAGCUGCAGAUGAUAAAAAAACAGGAGGAUGUUGUAUUGCUGUGCAAGCAUUGUAUUUUAGCAACUACACACACAACUAAAAUAAUAAAUAGAAUUUACUAAAUGAAGGAAAUAAGAGGUAGUAUAAAUUAAAUCAGGGCUUCCCAAACUUGAGUCUCCAACUGCUUUGAUCUACAACUCCCAUCAUCCCUAGCUGGUAGGAUAGGACCAGUUGUCAGGGAUGAUGGGAAUUGUCGUCCAAAAACAGCUGGAGACCCAUGUUUAGGAAACUCUGAAUUCGACUAAACAGAUCAUUGUCCUGAAAUUUCCCCAGAUAACCUAAUGUGAUCUGACCAAGGCAAAAUAGAGCAGUACUAUGACUUCCCUUGAUCAGGACACUAGACUUCUGUUGAUGCAUAAGCUUUUUUUGCUGUUUACUCAUGUUAAGUUAGGGUCUACUAAGACCCCUAAAUCCUUUUCACAAGGUACUACUGGUAAGCCAGGUUUCCCCCAUUUAUGCAGCUGGCUGUUCCUGCCUAAGUAUAAAACCUUACAUUUGUCCCUAUUAAAAUUCAUUUUGUUCAUUUGGACCCAGUUCUCCAGUCUAUUAAGGUCAGUUUGAACUAGGUCUGAGCUCUAACUACCUGCCUCAUUUUAUGCUUGUUUUAAUAAGUAGAUGAAAGUGCUUUCCAUCACAUUCUCAGAUACUUGUACACAUUUAUAUUCCUUUAAAGCCAUAAUUGUCUCUGCUGCUUUUCUUCCUUUGCCCUUACAGUCAUCUGCCGUGUUCCCCGUGCUUAAAAUCUUAUUUAAUCUUUAAUCUUAUUCCCUGUAGUGGCUAACAUGUUGGUUUUUUAAUGCCACAGUACUACAUUGGAUGUGAUUACAUAAUAAAUGUUAAUAAAAAUCACAUGGGUUGUCACAGCCAAUGUCAUAUAAUGCACAUGUUGCAUUAGAGAGAACAGCAUGACAUGUCUCGUGUAAUGGUUUGGUAGGCGCCAGGUUUUAGGUAGUCUGAGAGAGAUACAUUUUGAUUUGAACUGGGGGAGUUGGGGAAGUUUCAACUGAAUGGGAAAGGAGCCAAAAGCAAUGUGUUUUGGUAUUGAUGCUAACCGAGGUAUGAUUCACAUGAAGUUGCAGAGUCAGACAAGGAUAAAAGCCAGUACCAAUUAGUGGUGGUGCCCCCAAAUUAUUCUAAACCUGAAUGAAAUUUAUUUCCUUAAAGUUUCACAAUAAAUUCUUUCACUUUCAGGACCUAAAAAAAUGGUCCUGAAAUUGCAGUAUCUAGUUCCUUUGAAUAAUUGAACCCUACAUCACAACUCAUCACACAGUAUUACCAGUCAUUUUUUAAAAUCUUUUAAAAUCCUUUGCAAAAGCAUUAGUCCCUUAAUCAAAAUCAUACCUGAGAGGCUGCUUUCCAAACUGUCUUAAAAUCAAAUAUCACCUCAACUGUGAGUUCACUACACCAGGGUAGACAGACUUAAGGCUUGCAAAAUAUACUGUAUUUUUUACUAAACCCCAAGAUCUACUCAAAGCUGCCUAGUGCACAAGGCAGGCACAUAAAAUAAUUUGGGGCCUAGGCAUCCUGAAUGGAGCUCACAAUCUUUCACACAAAACUCUAAUUUGGGUUACCCCAAGCUUUCUACAUUUCAGCAGUAUAAUUUAGGGUGGCAGGGAGAGAUAUCCGUUUGUUGCUAUUAUUCACACGCAAUUGGGAAUCAGAAGCCCAUGCCAAUCUACUGCUAAGCAUGUACAAGUAGAUCUAGAUCUAACUUCUGCCCACUGUGACACUAGACAGCCUUUCCUUCCCCAUUCCCCUCAAAUUGGAGAUAAUAAAAUUGGCAUCUCUUUAAGGAUGUCACAAGAAUGAAUAAAGUAGUGAAUAGAGAAAUAAUUAAGCAUUCAGAGUAUGUUAUCAUUAUUAUUAUUAUAUGGAUGCUUUUAUUAUUCAUUAUAUGGCUACAUGCAUUUCAUGUCACCAAACCUUGCUUAGUUGUGCCUAGCAAAUCCUAAUUCAGUCACCAGUUAGUUCCCAGUGUCUCGGUUCUUAUAGUUGCAUAUUUAACACUGAAGCUUUGUUUGGUUUCUUCAAAAGAAGAUUCUGCUCCCCCCCCCCCCCCGGAGUCUUUUGAAAAGCCUAAAAACCUAGGCAGAACAUAACUAACACAGUGACCCCUGUCUCAAAUGGCAAAUGGCCAGAAACAAUGGCUUCCCCAGGAUGAAUUGCUUCUUUCAGCUCUUUGCUGAAUAUAGCAACCACUAAUACAGCUGACUGUGUAGCAGGAGGAGAACCAUACAGUCAGCUUUGUCUGUUGGCCACUACUGAUGCCUAUAGUCUAUGGUGGUCAAUUUGUGCAGUUACAAGAACAGAAGAAAAUAUGUAAUGAGAUAAAGCUCCAUAACUACUUUAAAUACUCUGGAUGUAUAAAUUAGCAGAAUUUGCAUAUCAUGAACAUGCAGGUCUUUGAAUCAGCUGUGAGUAGACAAUACUAUAUAUACCCCUACAUUGUUACUAUCAAAAUAUGCAAGAUUUUAGAAAGCAAAUGAAAAAUGCUGAUGCAAGGGGUCAGAGUGAGCCUAUUUAAAGGACCUAACUUAGUCAGGUUCAUUAAUUUCAUUGGCUCUGCUCUGAGUAAAAUUUAGUUGAAUACCAGCCAAAGACAUAAUCAUGAAAAUUAAAAGUCAAAUAAAUUCUUGGUUUCUUUUUUUAGUUAUUUUGUUUCACAUUUUCAAAACUAUUUAUGACGGCUGAAAGUUUGUUUUCAGAUCCACACCAAAGAAUUAGGACCGCCAUGUAAGAGAAUUGUAGCUUCUCAGUUUUACUUACAUUUAUGUUAUAACUAAAAUAUAAUAAACAAUGUGAAUGCAAUAAACAAAAUUAAAUUAAAUUAAAUAGAACUGAGAAACAUCAGUUCUCAGCACAUUUUGAAGAAAUAACCUUUCAUAUUUAAAGGCAUUAGGUGGCUCCAUAAGAUGAUGGAUUUCUGAAAUUAUGAACUUAAAACAAGGAAUAAUGCCUUGAAUUGUUUCCAAAGUGCAGGAAAAAAGAGAAGGUUACCAAGAUGUGGGGAGUGUUAGGAUGGAAGAGAAAUAUCUAGCAAUGUAAGAAGCCAGAUAGUACUCCCUGGUUUUUUUAGGGGCCAAAUAAUGCUGCGAGAGUCCACAUGGUUGCAGAAAGGGCUUCCUUGGUAGCCUCCAAAUGUGUACUGCCUGUUCACCUAUUUACUCUUAUCUUUGAGUAUGCAUGCUUGGAAACCCUAAUGGAACUGCAUCUCGCACUGUCGUACAGCUUUCAUUUAGAACAGGGGUCAGCAGCCUAAGGCCCAUGGGCCAGAAGCGGCCCGUGAAGGUCGUUUGACUGGCCCACGGGCUGCCCCCAAACCGAGCUGCCCACUCGCGUUUUGCGCUAAACCGGCGCAGCGCGGGGACUCACUUCCACGGCUCCGGAAAUCGCGCAUGCGCAGACGCCAGAAAUUACGGGGGCAUGCGCUCUGGCCCACGGAGGGAUCUCCACGGGACCGAUCCGGUGCAGGCAAGAUAAACCUUGCUGACCCCUGAUUUAGAGCAUUGUUAGGAUAUUUUUUCAUAAGCUCGGAACAGCUCACAAAGCAGAUUACAUGCCAUCAUCAGGGUAAAAUACUAAAAGCAAUAAAAAUGCAGCAUAAAACCAGAGUCUGCGUAUUCCCAAAGUUUACCUACCAGAUUUAUUCCAUCCUUAAACCAGAAGUGUGUUGUAAUUCUUUCUGAAACCAUUUAAAGACUUUACACCUUAGCGGCAAGAUCAUUCCAUAGCAACAGGGCAUUUCUGUAAAGGCUCUGCUUCCAUCAGUGGAGGUUCUCAACUGCUGUGUUAAUGGAAUAUGAAGCAGGGUGUGGGGGAAGUACUACUACACCACUGAAAUGUUUGUGUAAUGGGUGUAGAACAAGUUUUUGACCUGCUUGCCCCCUUCCUUACAUGCACAGCACAAGUGGAGGUGCUCUCUGCUGCCCUUCGAGCCUCAAGCCUGGACCCCCAGGAGGAAACGACAGCAGGCAUUGGCAAGUCAGUGGAUUCUCAGAAUGAGCUGAGCAUCAAAGAUCACCUGAGCUUUACAUCCAUUCAGGAUGACCCAGUGCCUUUAAUCAAUGAUACUGCUGAGGUAAAUAUUUGGCUGCUAUGAAUUUUAUCACUUGAGCACCUGUCAGUUAAUGUCAGAAAACAAGUAACUUCAUUUUCAUAUGCUUUGGAUUUACUUUUGAGUAAAUAUGCAUUGGAUAGUGCUACAGAGUAUGCCUGCAUUGUAAGUUGUUGUUUUUAACUUUCCACCACAGGACAUUGUAGAAUCUGCUCUGCGUUAUAUUCAUAAUGAUUCCGACUUUAGCACUAAUAGUAGUUUCAGCCCUGAAGAAGAAAAAAAAUCUAAAAUUCAGGUAUUUUUAAAGAGUUUUCUCCUUGUACAACUUAAAAGUAAUUUUACAUGUAAUAUAUGAUCCGACACCUGUAAGUAUAAUUUUUACUUUGCUUAAAUUGUGCACUGUAAGUUUCUCCCUCUUUUUUAAAGAAUUCUGAACUUCGAAAUUUAAAAUUGAAACCUGAGCCUCCUCACUCAGACUACUGUUGUCCCCUUGAGAGCAUCAUCAGUUGCAAAUCUGACCUGUACAUGCAGUCGGCAAGAAUUUUCUAUUACAGUAACUGCACACCGGUCUAGUGAGUGUGUGAGAGAGAUGGCUUGUACUAUGUACAAGCUUUUCUGUUUCCCCUUUGCCUUAAUGGCUUCAGGCACCUGUAAGCAAAACAGAAACAUCAUAGCCCAUAUAGUCAGCAAGGUGGUAGCUAAUCCCAUUGCCCUGAGUCACCGUUUCCCUUGUACGCUGUACUCUCAGGACCUAGGGCACAUGUGGCAGCCUUGACCCAUGGGGGCUGCACAUGACUCCCAUCCUCAUUUUGUGGCUUCUCCCUCAACUGUCAUCAGCAGGCGUCCUAUUGGGCUGCAGGAGAGGGAGGGAGAUGGGACUGCAGGGCCCCUCCAUCAGCUCUGUUGAAAGGUGAGCAACUUCGCUCCUGCUCUCCUUAAAAAGUUCCCAUUUAUACUUGUAACAAGUUGGUUAUUAGAAGAAUAAUGUAACCUAAGAAAUAGUACUUGAAUUUUCUUUUUCAUUCUCUUUCCCUGCAGUCUUAACAUUUUUAAUUAAUUAUUUUUUAUGGCGAUGUAGUUUUUUCAGAACAUACACUUAAAUUCAUAUGCUUUGUGUUUUAGGACAUUGUACCUCAGGCCUUGCUGGACCAGUAUUUAUCCAUGACUGAUCCCUCUCGAGCUCAGACUGUUGAUACAGAGAUUGCAAAGCACUGUGCCUACAGCCUUCCAGGUGUGGCACUUACCUUAGGUAGACAGAACUGGCACUGUCUGAAAGAUACUUAUGAGACGUUAGCCUCUGACAUGCAGGUAAUGUUAUAGCUCUUUAUAAGACCUGAAAGUACUUAGAUACAAUGUGCAAUUUGAAAUUGUAUGCUUUGGCUUCUCUAGUCUUCCAGAAACGAGUCUGAGGUUCUUAAUGUAAUGGGAAAGCAGAAAUGUUGGGCCGCUUCUCAUUACUAUAGCAUUCUUGAUGUUUUUCCUGAGAAUAGGGAUAUCUGAGGGGAAGGGGUGGUAACUACUUGUGUCCUGAAAGGAGAAUUUGCACAUGUCUUUAUCAUAUUUUUCUUUCCAGGGGAGGAAUCCUAUACAUAGUAGGCUAGUGUAAAGCAAACCAGUGUAAAUUAAGCUGGCAUAAAAUUACUCCAGAUCCAAACUCCAUUCAGCAGCAAGGCUGUUGCUGGCUAAGUCAGCUUAAGGCUGACAAAGGGAAAGUAAGCCUUUAAAAUAGUAUUUGAGUUACACCAUCCUGUUUACUGGCUUAAUUUACACCGGGUUGCCAGAUUACAUGACCAAGAUGAUCAGGCUUAGGAUCCAGCCCCUGUCACACCCCUUUUCCAGGGCUUAUGCUGGUUUAAGAUCUACUAGGCUUGGCUCAGCCAACUGGGCUCCAUCUGGGCUAGAAUGGGGAAUACAAUCUGGCAGAUCUCUGGCUGAGGUGAAGAGGAAGGAGUUAAGCAGUGUAGCCUGGCUGUACUGGGAACCUCCCAGUUCAGCCAGAGAUCUGCUGAAUCCUAACCUACUCAUUCCGACAGAUCUUGCUGUAAGAUUGCUCUGUAAACCAUAAGUAACCUGUUGGAUUUCUUUUCUCCAUUUACACUGAUCAACUAAUAGAUUUGCUGUAGGAACAGCUUGCUCUAAUAUAAUUUCUGAAACCCCCCAGCAUUUUUCCUUUUUGAAUUCAGUGCAAUGAAUCUGCUAAACUCAUAAAAUAAUUCAAAGGAAGGAUUAGAAAAGAACUUUGCUCUGUGCCAACAUUUAUCCCAAGAGUUUGUGAUAGCAUUCAUACAAGGCCAGAGUUUACCAGCUGUAUGGGAGUAAUCUUAUUAUGUCUAAAAUUCCAGGCAAAUCAGUAAAAUAGAAUUAUGAGCACAAUUGUGUGUUGUUUCGCAGUGGUGAAGAGAGCCUAGGAUUGUACUUCAGACACCUAUGCAAGGGAUGCCUGAUCCUUUGGCUGUGGUGUUAGAAUUUUGAAAAGGUUCCUCCUCUGCUGGGUUUGCAGGAACACAAAAGGUCUUCUGGGGAACUGGUAGAGGAAGUUAGGACAUCUUUUGUUUUCUCCUGUUACCCCCCCCCCCCAAAAGUUACAAUAAGGAAUUGAAUGGAAUGAGAACAUGCUUAACAUAUUUUUUGUUUAGGAGAGCUGAUCCAAAUAAUUUCUAUUUUGUAUAAACUGCUUAGAGCUGUGGUUUUUUUGAUUAAGUGGUAUAUAAAUCUCAAAUAAAAAGUUCGUCUCCAGCCCCUUUCUCAGCAGUAAAUAGUAACUGCAUUAAUAUGUUAACUCAUUGUAAGUUAACUGAUUAAUUGUAACAUGGUAGCAGAACCAGAUAUGAGUGAUGCUUGGCUUUUUGCUGAAAACAGCCCCACAUCAUCUCUGUUUCCAGUAAUAUCCAAUAAAUAAAAAUGCAUAAUGUGAUUUAAUUGCAUUGAAAAUUUUGUUAGGCCAGGGUAGACUUGCCAGUGCACCAUUAUGUCCAACAUGGGUUUUAUGUUACUAGACUUCACCAGAGGAAAGAAGAGAUGCAUGGAAGCAACCACGUCUCCUUUUUGUCUUGUUCCAGCCUUCAAAUCAAGCUGUACUCUUGGCUGUGCAACAAAUCUAACCCUAACAUUGAAUAAGUUGUAUGAUUUGCUAACAAGUUGGCCUUGUGCAUUGUUUCCUCUUAGUGGAAAGUUCGAAGAACGUUGGCAUUUUCUAUACAUGAACUUGCAGUCAUUCUUGGAGACCAGCUUACAGCUGGUGAUCUGGUUCCAGUCUUCAAUGGCUUCUUAAAGGACCUUGAUGAAGUCAGAAUUGGUGUGCUUAAGCAUCUGCAUGAUUUUCUGAAGGUACAUACUCCUUUUACGCAUACAAAAUAAUCAUCCCUUUUCCUCCUCCCUGUAUGCAUACUUCUGUGGUGACAGAUAAUUAAAUUUAUAAACUUUUAGUAUUUAGUAAAACCUGAUGGAUAUCAUGUGAUGAAACCGAAGAUGUGUUUAAUUUCUGCCAUCAUUCACAUUGUAUAUUGCAUUACUGUCUUGUUCCAGGAUAUUUCAUAGAAAUUCUGGAAUAGCCUCAUUUUUUGAUAGACUAUAUUCAACUAUAAUUUGAUAAACUACAAUCAACUAUAAUUUGUAUGGUUCUGAAAACAUUCAUCUUUAUUUUUCCAGCUUCUUCACCCUGAUAAAAGGCGGGAAUAUCUGUACCAGCUUCAGGAAUUCUUAGUCACCGAUAACAGCAGGAACUGGCGUUUCCGAGCAGAACUUGCUGAGUAAGUUUUAGUAGUAAACUAUGCUGUCUAAAUGCUAGACCUGAUUAUUAUUAAUAUAGAAUUACAAUACCACUUCUGUUUGGGCACAGUUUAGCUUCUGAGAAGACCCACUAGUGGAAAGACCCACUAGCUGCUUGUUUUUUAUUCCACUUGCCAGAUGAGAGGAUGAAACUUAGGGUCUAUGUAUAGUUAAGUAAAAAGUAAUUUUUUUUGUGUUCAGUGGGACUUAGUCCCAAGAAAAUUCAACUCAUUGGAAUUUAUUGCUGAGUAAGCAUGCUUGGAAUUGUAGUGUGUGGAUCUUUUAGAUCUAAGAAAGAGCAGAACCAAACCUCUCCACCCCAUCAGCAGCACAAGGGCAUGCUCCAUUUCAGCUCCAGAAAGAGGCUGCUGAGGUGCCUUAUAAUGAAUGAACACUCCAGCAGCAAUUGGUGGCCAUUAGAGCAGGUGGUAAGAUACCGGAAGUUCCUCCUGCACUGUAGCUUUUCUUCAGAGAGACUACUCAAUCAGGCUGGAACCCACAUCUCUGCUCUUCUAUGCCAGUGUGGUGUGUAGAGCCAGUGUGGUGUAGUGGUUAAGAGCAGUGGACUCGUAAUCUGGUGAACUGGGUUCGAUUCCCCGCUCCUCCACGUGCAGCUGCUGGGUGACCUUGGGCUAGUCACACUUCUCUCUGAAGUGUCUCAGCCUCACUCCCCUCACAGAGUGUGGUGUUGUAGGGGAGGAGGGGAAGGGAGAUUAGCCGCUUUCAGACUCCUUAGGGUAGUGAUAAAGCGGGGUCUUCUUCUUCUUCUUCUUCUUCUUCUUCUUCUUCUUCUUCUUCUUCUUCUUCUUCUUGGAAUAUUCACCUUUGCUUGCAGCACAUAGCUUCAUUUUCAUGAUUGGUUAGCAAUUUUAAGUCCUUUGUUUAUUUUAAUUUUGUAGGCAGCUGAUCUUGCUUCUAGAUCUGUAUAGUGCCAGAGACAUAUACGAUUACCUACGACCUAUUGCUCUCAGUCUUUGUGCAGACAAGGUUUCCUCUGUUCGUUGGAUUUCCUUCAAACUGGUAUGAACUAUAAUGUAAACGUUAAAAAUGGAAUUUGACUUAGUAACCAUUUUAGCAGGUAAUCCAUGUAUUGGGUUCUUUGCGUAUUUUCUAGGUUAGUGAAAUGGUAAAGAAGCUGUAUAGUGCUCCACCGCCAACAUUUGUGGUCGAUCUCAUGAAUGAACUGGUUGAAACGUUCUGCAGGUGCCAAAAGUGGUCUGGCAGGCAAACGUUCGCCUUUAUUUGCCAGGUAAGAGAUUCAUGAAUUUUUCUUAUUUUCUUGACAUGUAAGCCACUGCUACAAAGUUACAAGUUUUUCCAUUUUCAACACUGAAUUAUUUCUGGAUUCCAGAGUUUGAUCAUGGGUACAAUAGGAAGUUAGUAAGAGUAGCUAACUGGAUAGUAUUUGUGAACUCCGCUCCUUACAAAAAGAUAAAGAGCUUUUGGAGGUUGAGCCUAAUGAUGGUUAUCAUUCUCUUGUCCUAAUUUAAUGUGUGUUAUCCAAAAAUAUGUCUCCUUGAAGCUUUCCAUGUGGAUGGCUAGCAGUGUAUAUCAGUGGAGAAGGGGGAUGGUUGGGGAGCAGCCCCAAAUCCAAGAAAGCAAAAAGAAGAGAGCUUCAAAAUGACCCUAUAGAAUAUAUUUUAUUGCUAUUUUAGAGGCUUUGCUCCUGCUUUUCGGGGAAGUCUAAAACAGUUACUUUAUCUUCUUUUCAGACUAUCAUAGAAGAUGACUGCCUACCAAUGGAUCAGUUUGCUGAGCAUCUAUUGCCCCAUUUACUGCUCUUGGCCUCAGAUAGAGUUCCAAACGUUCGAGUCCUACUUGCAAAAACAUUAAGGCAAACGCUUCUAGAGAAAGGUUUGUGGACUCAAGUACUCUUGCUGCAUUUCCUGCUCUGUAGCAAUCACACAUUUCCUGUGUGCAUCCUUACAGUGUAGUAUUAGCUAGUAAAUGUACUCUCAUGCCAUUGUUUUUUCCUCAAGCACAUCUUUUGUUCUGGACUGGUUCCUGAUGUUUGAAAUACUUGUAACAAGGGAUGAAAAAAAGUUAACAUCUAGGAGGUUGUGGGAAUUUCCUAGGUACCAGACUGGAAGCAGAAAUGGAAAUUCUAACACAGGAAGCCUCCAAGAAAGGUUCCUCCUCACAUGGAAAAACUCUUUAAGAUUCUGUGCAUCUUCUAGAGCAGGAGUGGCUAACCUUUUUGGCCUAAGAGUUGCAUUCGGCCUUGGCCAGUACUUCAGGGUCUACAUUAGCUGAGAACGGGGGUUACGGCCGCCUCUCUGCAUGAUUUGCAUUCCUAUCAGGGUGCUGGGCUUUGUUCACUUCAGCACAGUCUCUAUUCUCCCCUUCCUUUUUGCCACUGACACCAAAACUGAUGCAAUCCUAGAGGACCAGAAAAGUUGCUGGGGCAGGCCAGGUCAGCUACCCAUAGAGGAAUCAUAUCCAAUUGGCAGGAGUUUUCACUUUAGACAUGGCUGAAAAACGUAAAGAGGUGCUGGUAGUAUUAUUUAUUCUGCUUGCAUUCUACACCUUUGCAGCCAUUUAUGCACCAUAGUUAAAACGUAUAAAAACUACAAAACCAAAACAACAGCACGAGACAACAAACACAUUGGUAACACUGCUAGGUCCAGGGUAUUGAAGCUUGGGUGAAGAAGUAUGCUGUUAGCAGCACAGGGGACAACUGCCAUUCCCCAGGGAAAGAAUUCCACCAUUGGGGCAUUGCCCUCUGUUGUGCCACAUUAUCAAGGACCAUGCCCGUUGGUGGGAUCAAGAGCAGGGUCUCCCCUCCUGAUCUCAAAACAAAGGUCAGUAGGUAAGGGACAGGCAUUCCUUUAAGUACUUGGGUCCUAAGCUGCACCCAGUAGGUCACAGGCAUCCAGUACAGUGCUUUAAGGAUCAGUGACUUUUCCCUGCUCAACCUUACGCAGCACAGAUGAUUUCUCAGUGAAUGUUGAUUAUAACUAACACCUUAAAAUUGAGCCAGAAGAAUGUGGGAGCCUGUGCUGUAUACUUUCUGCAACCCAGUCAUGAUAAGCAUGGUCCUUUGUUUGUUUGUUUAUGCCAAAUUAUAAUAUAUAUGAUUGAUUUAAAAUGUUAGUCUUUGUAUGCAUUUUGUAUAAAUGUUCUGUACUGGCAGCAAAAAAAAAUAGCAGUGACUUUGCAUCCUAAUUUGGGGUUUUAUAAGAAGCAUAUCUUUUGUGAUGCUACCUUUUCCUUUAUAAAAAAAGAUUCUCUUGCUUUUUCUCCAUACAGAAUAUUUUUUAACAUGUGUCAGUGCUCACCAAGAAGCAGUGGAGCAGACAAUUGUGGCCCUCCAAAUGGAUAAUGAUAAUGACGUAAAAUACUUUGCAAGCAUCCACCCUGCCAGUACCAAAAUUGCAGAUGAUGCCAUGAGCACAGCCUCUUCAACUUACUAAAAGUAGCCCCUGAAUGUUGCUAUAAUUUUAAUUAAAAAACAAACCAAAAACAUUACAAAAUCGCAGGGCAAUCCUCAAGUGCUCCUAAAAUGGAUGACUGAAACCUCUUUUUUUCCCAUGGAGGAAGGAAUUUCUUGCCAGACUUUUAACUUCAGUUGGAUGUUAUCUAAACCUGAGACCAAGGAUUUUAAGAGUCAAGGAAAAAUAAAAAUAAACAUUACCUGUUGAAUCUUGACUUUAGAACAACUUUGCUCAGAGGAUUGUAUUUGCCACCAGAGCCUUAAAUCUUCUGUCUUCCUGAAUAUGUGAAACUUGAAUUGGCUGAGCAUUUUCAGUGUAGAAGGGAUGUGAUUUCCAGAGACCGGCAUUUGUUUUCUCCUGAGGAGUUAAUGUAACAAGCUUUCCCUCUCUUAGGAACUGAUAGCUGAAAUUCUCAUACCCUAUAAAGGCAGAUUUGUACCAAGAAGCAAGAGACACCUCCAGUAUUAGCUAUUAAAAGUUUUUAUCCUUGAAAAGACUUAAUUUGUAUGCAGCUGGGCACCUCCUUAAGUGUGAAUAGUUUUGAUGUGUGUAAAAGAGGGAAAAGUAGAGAUUUGGUGUUUGUUUUCUCCCCUUAAGGGCUCAGUGCUAACACUAACAAGAAUUUGAUUGUAAACCUUUAAACACAGCAUAUUGCUGUACUCAUUAGCAGAAAACUCCACUGAGUACCUGUGUCCUAAUGUGUUUUUCAUGCUGGUCAUGACCUGAAGGAAACCUGUUAGCACAUGUACUUCACAUCAGGUAUUUUUAACUAGAUCAUGAUCGGCUCUUCAUAUACUGUACAUAUCUGUGACCACUCUUGGGAGGGCUGCAGUCUUUAAUCAUGCUAUUUCAAACUGUUGUGAUAAAAUGUUCUCUCCUUGUCCAAAUAAAAAGAAAAUUUAUUAAUAAGAGUGAAUGAAAUCUCCUUCUCUUAAUACCGUAUGAAAGCUUGCAAAUAGGGAAUGCUUUUAUCAAGUCUCUCCUUUUCCUGUUCUGAUGGUGGUAUGUGGGUCUAAAAUUGUGUGUUUAACUUCUCAUGGCGAUUGUGUGUGUGUGUGUGUGUGUGUGUGUGUGUGUGUGUGGUUACCCAAGGACAGGUGGAUGUCCUACUCUGAAGAAAUGUGUGUAACUGGUAUUGUGUAUGUAUGUCCCCAGGCUGAAAGCUUGGUUCAAGAGUCAUAAUGGAGGGGACAGGGGACUGACAAAUGCUGCACAUGUUCAUGGUGGCUAGUUAUCGAUGGGCAAAGUGGCUGUUAAAAUCAUGGGGUUAGAAAUGCAUAACGAAUGCUGGUUCUGCCUUAUUUCUUUUCAUAUAGUAGUAGUAGCAGCUCCCUACUACGAUAUACUAUGUUUAGUGAUAUCGGUUCUUUCACAUAUAUAUGUGUCUGUCUAUGUAUACAUGAAUUUAUAUGCAUACGCUACUACCUCAACUUGUGAUGUUCAGAUAAAACCAUGGUGUUAGUUAUUUGGAAGCUCUGAGAAGCUGCCCUUUCAAAGAAAUGUGUUGAACUUGUUUGAACUAAAACAUACUUUGUAAAUCCGUAGAGACCAAGUAUUCAUGGCCAGAUCCUGGCCUGAUAAUCAGUAUUAGAAAACUAGGCUGCCUGAAAGUAGUAUGGCACACUAAUGCUCUGAUGGAGUAGGAAGGCUGGGUUGUAACCAUGUGGCAUGGGGUGUUCCAGUUCAGACAGCGUCCUAAAUCUCAUGCAGUCUCCUGGAGAAUGUUCACAGUGAGCCAUGAUGCUGCCCCUACCACCUUCCUUUGACUUGUUUUUGUACUGUUUUUUCAGUGUGUCUAAUGCUGGUAUGUUUCUGUACUGAAGUGCUCUUUUUACCUUUUUUAGAACUAUAGGCUCCUUUAUUCCUUGAGCUACAUUUUGGGGGUUUUUUUAAUGGUUGUAUUCAUGCCCUGCUUUUUACAGUUUCAGUGGUUUCUCAUCCAAGGGUCUAUAGCAGCAUCUGACCACUUGGUGCACCCCAUAUUGUCUAUUAGAAAGCACCACAAUCUGGAAAAAAAGCAUACCCAUUUCUGAGUUCAUGCAGCCUUUUAAAAAAAUGUUUAAACCUGCACUUGCUUUCAUAAAAGUGUUAGAAUAAAUGUACAGUGAUUAAUUCAACCAGUUCUUCAUAUUCAUGUGGUUGACUAAUCUUUUUCUUUCAGCUUGUUCUUUCCCAUCACCUGCCGUCUAGUGGAAAAACAUACUCGUUUUGAUCAUAACAUGUCAAACUUGCCAGAUUUUUUUUUGUACUGUGUUACCACACAGACAGCUGCUUAAUAUUUACUUUAGCUAUCAUGAAGCAGCAACAAUGCUGACUGCAAAUUAAUGGUGCAAAUGUAUGCACAUCUAUUCAAAAGCAAGCCUUAUUGAAUUUGCCCCCAUCUCAAGAGACUGCAAAUGCUGUCUGUGGGUGCUCCCAGUUGCAGAGUCUCUAUUACACAACACUUUCCCAUUUCCCCAAAAGCCUUACAUGUGCCUGUACAAGUCAUAUUUGGACAGCAACAAGUGCUUGAGAUAGUUACAGCUUGCAGUGGAUAUCAACCUAGAAGCUGCCUUGCAUGGAAUCACAUCACUGAACUGUUGAGCUCAGUACUGUCUGCGCUACUUGGUAACACCACUCCAGGCUUUCAGAUGGGAUAUUCCCAGCUCUUUCUGGAGCUGGUAGGUAUUGAACCUGUCCAAGUUAUUUGUUGUUUCCUGUAGUUAAAUAAAACCACUUGCAGAUGGCUGUAGAAUUUAUUUACUUGAUUAACAUGGUAUUGACAAAAUAGAAGUUAACCAGCAG